AUGACGCUGAGCAGUAGAAGAGUUCAGGUAGGCCACUUGCAGAUUGUUUGAAAACCACUUGAGGAGAUUAGAUUGGUUAGCCGCCUAUUCUGGAUGGGGUUACACUCCCUCUGAAAGAACAGGCUAAUAGUUUGGGGAUCCAUCUUUGUCAUUGAAGGUGACACAGGCAGCCUCAGUGGCUAGGAAUUUUAUCGCCGAAUGCUUUGAAGGUGACUCAGAACCUAAAACUAGUCCAGAAUGCAGCAGCUAGACUGGUGACUGGGAGCUGCCAAAGGGAGCAUAUAACACCGGUCCUAAAGGAUCUUCACUGGCUCCCAAUACGUUCCUGAGCACAAUUCGAAGUUUUGGUACUGACCUAUAAAGACCUAAAUGGCCUCGGCCCAGUAGACCUGAAGGAGCAUCUCCACCCCCAUCUGAGGUCCAGCUCCAACAGGGAACCAGGCAGAGCGCCUUUUCGGUAGUGGCGCCCGCCCUGUGGAAUGCCCUCCCAUCAGAUGUCAAGGAGAUAAAUAACUAUACAGCUUUUAGAAGACAUCUGAAGGCUGCCCUGUGUAGGGAAGUUUUUAAUGCUUGAUGUUUUAUUGUGCUUUUAUAUUUGUUGGAAGCCAUCCAGAGUGGCUGGGGCAAACCAGUCAAAUUGUUGUUGUUAUGCCAGCGAUGUCUUGGACAGGGAUAGUUUGGCCACCAUGAUUCAUGCUCUGGUAACCCAAAGGCUUGAUUACUGCAAUGCACACCAUGUGGGGCUACCCUUGGAGGCCUGGUAUGGAUGCUCCAGCUGGUGCAAAAUGCUGCAGCUAGAUGUUGGUAGAGGCAAACUACCACCAGCACAUAACUCCUGUGCUUAAAAACCUUGCACUGUUUGAUCAUAAGUUACUGGGCCAAGUUCAAGGCCAUUGUAUUAAUGUGCAAGGCCCUUAAUGACUUGGGUCCAGGAUACUUUAAGGGCUGCUUGAUUCCUUCUAACCCUUCUGAAGGUCAGUGGUAGAACAUCUACGGUAAUUUGCAUGCACAAAUCCCCAGGUUUAAUCCCUGGCAGCAUCUCCAGUAGCAAAUAUAUUCAGUAAUCUGAAAUACAACCUUUACCUUUUAAUUAGAAAUAAUAAUAAUAAUCUUGAAAGGAAGUAUUACCAUUUCAACUGCUGGGGUAAAGUAGGAACCCCAUCAAAGAAAAGGAAAGAUGUAUCCAGCAUCUGCUUCCUUGUUUCCCUCAUUCUCUGUGCUAAUAAGAAACUUAAAGACCAAAUACAUCAAAAGUGUCAAGGGAGACACCAAGAGCAUUGGAAACCUUACUUGUUUUGUAUCUGAAGGUUCAAGGGAGGGGGGUGGCCAGGUUGGAAGAGGAUUCACAAAUGAAUCAUAGAAUCAUAGAGUUGGAAGAGACCACAAGGGCCAUUGAGUCCAACCCCCUGCCAAGCAGGAAACACCAUCAGAGCACUCCUGACAUAUGGUUGUCAAGCCUCUGCUUAAAGACCUCCAAAGAAGGAGACUCCACCACACUCCUUGGCAGCAAAUUCCACUGUCGAACAGCUCUUACUGUCAGGAAGUUCUUCCUAAUGUUGAGGUGGAAUCUUCUUUCUUCUUUCUUGUAGUUUGGAUCCAUUGCUCCGUGUCCGCUUCUCUGGAGCAGCAGAAAACAACCUUUCUCCCUCCUCUAUGUGACAUCCUUUUAUAUAUUUGAACAUGGCUAUCAUAUCACCCCUUAACCUCCUCUUCUCCAGGCUAAACAUGCCCAGCUCCCUUAGCCGUUCCUCAUAAGGCAUCGUUUCCAGGCCUUUGAGGGAAAUGAAGGAAAUGAAGGGAAGCUACUCUCCUUAUUUGUUUCAUAAAAUUUACACACCACUUGAUUGUUAAAAAAAAACCAAAAGACCAACAACUUCAAAGCGUUUUAUGAAAGGUAAAACAGCCAAAUCAAGAAAAAUUCACAACCCUACUUGAAAGCAUACAAAAGUUCAGAUGCUGAAGCAGAUAAAAAUUACCUUGACUUUCUCAGCAUCUGGGUAGGCUUGUUUAAACAAGAAUGUUUUUAGCAGGCGUUCUUUGCGGACAUCACACCCAAAGUACUAUCGCGUGGGGGGUGGGAGGAGGGAUAGCAUUUGCCAACAGCACAGUGAAGACAAGAGCUGUGAAUCUAUUCCUGGUGUUUCCUGUCAGAUGGAGAUGGGGGAAAUGUCACUUUGGAUGUUGUGGGAAUACUUCACCAUCCCUCCAACAACUGGGGAGCAAAUGUUAGAACUGGCUGAAGCCAGUCAGCAGGUCUUGGUGACAAAGCAAGGAAGUGGUUCCUAAGUUUAUAGUCUUAUGCCUUACCUUCAUAAGAAAUAGUAAAAUGUUCAGUUUGGAAUCAGAAGUCCAGCAAUCUUAAAUGAAGCAAAAUCACACAGUCAUGACAUUCUCUCUCUCUUGGUUAAUGGGACUGACGGUUUCUGAGGGAAUGCUGAUUCGGGCAGAAAGGAGUUGUAGGCCAAAAAAAAAAAAAAGUGAUUUCUAGGCACCAGGUUAUGGAAGGCUGAUUUAGGGAUCUGGAAGCAGGAGGACAGCUCACUGGCCCAGCUUCAACCUUUAAUAGCAGUCUCUUAACACAGAGAGAUAACCAGAGGUUGCCUUCUGUUUGUCUCAGGAGACAGUGGAGGAAUGUGCCUUUGCGGGUGAGAGCAAACUGUUGGCUUGUUUCAGCAUUUGCUGUGGCUGUAGAGACCCAUGCGGGAGAGACAUGUUUUGUUGCAGCUGGGACAGAUGAAGGUGCCCAGUUGUGCUGCUGCAGAUGCACCAUGGCAUUUCUUCUGUAAUAAAUGAAAAUCUGCCCUUAUUCCCUUUUGGGGGACACAAGAGCCCUUAUAGAAUCCUUUGCAGGUUCUCCAUCGGUCGGAGAAAAUAACAGAGGCCAACCAGAGAACACUGAGAAGCAAAGCAGCUAGUAAGCCUUUAUUGAAAUGUUGCAACAGGGUGCUCCUUUCACACGCAGGAGAAGGAGGAGGACCUCAAACAAACGUGUGCCCGCCCUUAUAUAGACAUUUUAAAUUGCCCGCUCUGCAGUUCAAGACCACCCCCAGAAACACCAUACAUACAUCACAGAAGGGGUGUAGCUCAAGACCACCCCCCAGACACAUCAUACCUACAUCACAGAAGGGGCGGUCUACAACAGAAAUUUGAGUGCAUUGUUUAUCUCCUGUCAUUGUUUAUCUCCUGUCUGGCAGGUUACCUGUUAAUGCUUACUUGAUUGGAUACCAUGGGGAGCCUGGCCAGUCUUUUGUAGUGACAGAUACUUAGUUCCUGAGCCAGGUCACAGGCUCUCCCUAUUCAUACACAGACAUACCCUUAAGACAGGUUUUGUGAAUGAAAAGACAAUGGGGAGGCUUUUCCAUUUUCCUUUGACCUUGCAGAGAAAACAUUUGGUCAGUUUGGGAGCCAAAAUGGCUCCAGGACUGACCUCCUGUGCUGCCUCAGAUAUGUGGCCCAUACAUUUCUGUACGUGUUUGCCUGGCACAUCCAUGAACAUUUAUUAUAUAUAUAAGACCUUAUUUUUUUAUUAUUUCACUUCUCUCUGCGCUCCUCCCAGCUGUCAUUCCUCCCCUGGUCACUGCUACAGAUAUAGAUUCUGUCUGGCCCUUGAGACUCUUCCCAGGCAACACCUCCUCCCCAGGGCUCCCCUAUGUUGCCCCCUCUUUCUUGCCUGGAUAGAGAGCUGUGUCUCUGUGUGUGGAAACCAGCCUUUUUUAGGAAGGUUGAAUUUGUAUUCAUUGCUUUGCCCACUUUUGUCCUAGCAUUGGCACAUGGCCCCUGGAAGGUGACCCAGAAUGGAUUGUGGCCCUCUGGCUGAAAUAAGGUUCCCCAACCCUGUGCUAAAAGCAUUCCUUUCCAGUCUCCAGGCUGCUGUUGAAAAGGUGUGGGAGCUUUUCCCAAAGCCAGUGCAUUCCCUGGUUUCCCCCAGAGAUGGUUCACUUUGUAGCCACCAGCUGGAGCUCUUGCUCUGCUUCAGUCCCUGUUUGCAAAUCAAGAGAGGAACACAGUUGUUGGCAUCUGUCUCGAGAGAGAAUGGAGUGUGCCUCUGGGGGUCAAACCACUGCAUACUAUCAGCAUAAUAUAUUGUCAAGCCACUUUGAAAGUUUUUCUUCCAUACAAAGUGACAGAAAAUUUAAUAAAGAUAGUGAAGUUGAAGAAUGGGUGUUUUCCUUUCACCCAAGUGUUUCCACCCCUUGCAACCACCACCAGAAGCCCACUCCCCCCCCCAAAAAAACCCCCUUCCUGGUCUAUUCUUGUAAAUGUUUUGUUCAAGCGGACUUGAGAAACCUUUUUUUGCUCUGCUCAGGGCAACUUGGGACUUGUGCCGUGUGGAUCCUGGCACAGGAAGAAAGGCACAAGUUUCCCCUUGGUGCUUUAACUGAUCACACAGGUCUUGGCUUGCAUGCCUCCAUGCCUCAAGCUUUUAUCUACAGCAACACGUGUAUAUUCCUUUGGUACGAGCCGCUGACGUGACAUCCAAACAAAACAUAGGAAGAUCGAUUCAUUUCUCAGGCUAUUUGCACAAACAGUUGCUACAGACGUCAAGCUACAGCGAGCUCUUGCACAGUCCUUGUUCCCCUCUCCGACCUUGAGACAAGGGCAAUCAGUUCUUAAGGCUGCAAGCGAUUAAUAUCAGUUAGAAAGUUGAUGGGGCAUCCAGCUCCCACCUCUCUUUUCUCUCCAGGAGACUGAACUGUUUGCUUUCCUCCAAUUCUCCCCAGACACGAAUGUGUGGCGGGAGCCCAGACGUUCAAGGCAGUGUUGGAAGGACACAGCCUCCCACAAGCUGUCACAAAUGCACAUAAACUCCAGCAGCAAUUAUGAAGAGAGCAAAAGGGAGAAGGAAAGGAAACAAACAUUUCUAUCUCUGCUCUACACAGCUACCUACAAAUAGGCUUCUGGUUCCCUCUGGGCGGUCAGAUGGAUUCCAUUUAUAAGGUCUGCUUGACGCAGGUGGGAUUCUGAUUGAUGAGUGGCUGCAACCAGUCAAUCCCAGGACGGACAUAAUGCUUCAGAGAAAUGGGCAUAACACUGUUAUUUGGUGGGGGGGGGAGUUCCUGGACCACCUAAUUCCUGAAAUAGCUAGCUAGCUUCCUGGUGAUGUGAUGGGCCAUGAAGGGGAACAAAGGAAGUGGCUCUGUGCAAGGUGACAAAUGGGUGGUGCCACCUCCCUCAACUCAUGGGUAGUGAGAAGGGAAAAGGCAAAGUUGAGAGCAGAUAGUUUGGAGUGAUGUGAGUUGGAGCAGCAAUCUGGGAAAAGAGGAAGACAGUGAUGUUUGAAUCCAGGGCUGUGGCUAUGGGAGAAACAAGACCCUCUUGGGGUGUCCAUGCUGUGAACCCCUUCAUCGUAGGCUCGGGUUGUAUAUAUGUGUAAAUAAACCAUAUAUCAUAAAGACACCACAGUCUCUGCUGGUGCAUAUGAAUCUUGGGCAAGCGCUUGGAAUCUCUGGAAACUCAUGUCACUUGGAGAUUAGGGUGGCGUGCAGCAAUAUCUUUGGGAAACUGGGAAAGGGGACUGUCAGAGUGUUAUCUGCUGUCUGCGCCCUGCUAGAGAGCAAGCUUUCAUCAGCUUGUGUGUUGGAGGGGAAGCGUGACUUCACCUGCAGAAGGGGAUGGAGUGCUCCACCAGCGUCUCUUGGUCAUUCCAGAGAUGUAGUGCGGCUCCAGAAGAUAACAGCCCCUCAUCCAGGAAAACUCCUGUGUAGGACUGUGCCUUUAAGAUACAUUUCCUGCUCCAUUGCUCCACCACAAAUGUUUUGUAAUGUUAUCCUUAGUCUCAUGGUCAUAGAUGUUUAUCUUGAAAGGCUGGGCUCUGGGAAUUGUGUCAACGUUGAGAAGUCUUUGCUGUUUACGCACUCAGUUCAGAAACCACAAAUACUUUACACAUUCACCCCCUCCUCUAAACGGCACUGGGUCUUCACCUCUGGGGGAAGCCGGUAGGAAGGGGGUAAACGUCCUAAAUGUUUAACAGCAGCAAGAACAAAAAGUCCCCCGCUCACAGAUUAGGCCAACCAGAGUUAAAUGGCUCGGGAGCCUGACUCACACACUGGGAAUGAAGAGUCAGGGUGCCUCUGAGGACAUGCUCAAGGAAUCCUCUCCUGAGCCACCCAAGUACCAGAACUGAGCUCACAAGCCGUUUGCACAAAACUCCACUCCUGGAUUUCCUCCAAAAUCAAAGGAAUAAAGGCUCCUGAGCCACAAUUUUGUGCCUGAAUCUGUUUGGUGGAAUGCAUCUUUCCGCAGGGCCUGCAAGACAGAGCUGUUCCGCCUGGCCUUUGGUUUAGACUCAGCCUGACCCUUAUGUUUCCCUCCCCUUAUGGUUUUGAUCUAUGGGCUACUUUUAAAAUGAGGCUGCAUUUUAAAUUGCAUUUUAACCUGUAUUUUAAAUUGGGGGUUUUCCCCCCCUAUUAUGUUUUUACUCUAAUUUAACUGGUGUUAGCCGCCCUGAGCCUAGCUCUGGUCGGGGAAGGUGGGGUAUAAAUAAAAUUAUUAUUAAUAUUAUUAUUAAUAUGUCUCCAGUGUGGGCAACAGCCCAUGUAGUGAAGAAGCGUCUCCACCCCCAUCAUUCAGCCCAGACACUGAGGUCCAACUCCAAGGGCCUUCUGGUGGUUUCCUCACUGCAAGAAGUGAAGUUACAGGGAACCAGGCAGAGGGUCUUCUUGGUGGUGGCACCCGCCCUGUGGAACGCCCUCCCAUCAUAUGUCAAGGAAAUAAACAACUAUCUGACUUUUAGAAGACAUCUGAAUGCAGCCCUGUUUAGGGAAUGUUUGAUGCUUUAUCAUGCUUUUAAUAUUCUGUUGGGAGCCGCCCAGAGUGGCUUGGGAAACCAGAGUGUUGGGCUAGGGCUUAGAAGACCUGGGUUCAGAUCCCCACUUGGCCAUGAAGCUCACUGGGUGACCCCUGUUGUGAAGGUACCAGCAUCUCCGGUGUGUUGCCUGGAGAGCAGACCUCCAGGAUUGGGCUGCAAACAGAGCAAGGAGCAAAAAGGGUUUUCUUGUGUGUGUGUGUUUCUUUGUGGCUGAUUAGCUGCUCUCCCUGUGCAAAGGUCAGAGGAAGGGUGCGCACAGUUUGAUCCAUCUUUUAGAUUUAGGGGAGCUAGUCUCAAACGUUUGUUGGGGGAGACCUAGGUUUUUUUGUGGGGGGAGUUAUUUGUCCUGUCUUCACGCUUUUUAUGAUGGAGGACCGCUGUAGACACCCCCAACGACACGUUCUCAAGAUGGAGGGGGAGGGAACAGCUGCAGUCGCCUGCGGUUCCUGCGCAAUGUUUGCCAUCUUGCCAAAGGUUGCAGGCAGCUUUACCUGCAGCAAUUGCAUGUUGAUUGCCCUCUUAAAAGACAAAGUCCAGCAACUGGAGGAACGUGUAGCUACGCUCCAAAGAAUUAGAGAGCUGGAGCUCUUCUUGGAAGCAACAGAGCACACCGUCUCCACCAAGGAGGAGACAGGGGACUCCCCUGAGAAGGAGGCUAGUUCACCAACACAGGAGCCAGAUAUAUGGAGAAACGUGACUCAAAGAAGUAGGAGGCCCAGGGUUCGCUCUGAUUGUUUAGAAAUACACAAUCGCUUUGAGGUCCUCUCCCCUAGCAUGGAAGACGAAGAGCAGACUCCAUUUGAGGAUCUCUCCUCAUUACAGUCGAUCAGGUAUAUGAAGACAAGCAGCAAAGUCAGUCCUCAGGGAAUGUGCAGGCGACCUUGGAACGGACAGCUCACGGAAGAACCCCGACCAAACCUAAGAGGAGGCGUGUAGUGGUGAUAGGGGAUUUCCUACUGAGGGGAACAGAAGCAGUGAUCUGUGGGCCUGACAAGAUGUCUGGGAAGUGUGCUGUCUCCCGGGCUAAGAUCCAAGAUGUAACUGAACGACUGCAAGGAAUCAUAAAACCCACUGACAAAUACCCCUUCCUCUUGGUUCAUGUGGGAACCAAUGACACUGCAAGCAAUAGCCUCCAGAAGAUCAAAAGAGACUACAAGGCUCUGGGCAGGAAAUUGAAGCAAUUAAAUGCACAAAUUGUCAUCUCAUCUGUCCUCCCAGUUGAACGACGUGGCCCAGGGAGAGAGGGAAAAAUAGUGGAAGUGAACAGCUGGCUUCGCAAAUGGUGUAAACAGGAACGGUUUGGAUUCUUAGAUCACGGACUGCAGUUUCUUGAAGAUGGACUUCUGGCAAGCGAUGGGCUGCACCUCACAACGGUUGGGAGAAAUGUUUUUGCCAAAAAUCUCAGAAACCUCAUCAGGAGGGCUUUAAACUGACUAAUGUGGGGGAGGGAGACAGUGCUCCUGAAGGUAGGAGUCUAUCAAUUGAUGAAGAUGAUCAUCCAAAUGUCAUAGACCAAAUGGAGCAAACAGCACGCUGACCUAGUGGUGGGAGGAAAAAAUCCUUAAAUAAGAGACAAGGGGGAAUGAUUAAUGGACUUCAAUGUCUGUACACUAAUGCGCAAAGCAUGGGAAAUAAACAAGAUGAGCUUGAGCUCUUGGUACAGCAAACUAAAUAUGACAUAAUAGGCAUCACUGAAACCUGGUGGGAUAAGUCCCACGAUUGGAAUGUAAUAAUGGGGGAUACAAUCUAUUUCAGAGAAACAGACCAGACAAGAAAGGAGGAGGAGUGGCGUUAUAUGUCAGGGAUGUGUAUACCUGUGAAGAGAUCCAAGAUUUAGAACCUCAAAGCCAAAGUGAGAGCAUUUGGGUCAAAAUUAAGGGAGAGAAGAAUAACAGUGACCUCACUGUGGGAGUUUACUAUAGAUCCCCAAGCCAAACGGAGGACAUAGAUGAUGCCUUCCUGGAACAGAUGGCCAAGCAUGCAAAAGGAAGGGAGAUAGUAGUAAUGGGGACUUCAAUUACCCGGAUAUUUGUUGGAUGUCAAACUCAGCCAAGAGCAUAAGGUCAAACAGAUUCCUCACUGGCCUUGCAGACAACUUCAUUGUCCAGAAAGUGGGAGAAGCAACAAGAGGAACAGCCAUUUUAGAUCUGGUCCUAACCAAUGUUGACGACCUGGUUAGUGGGGUAGAAGUGGAAGGAUCAUUAGGCGCGAGUGAUCAUGCUCUUCUGAAGUUUACUAUACAGCGGAAAGGAGCAGCCAAGCAUACUAGGACUCAAUUUCUUGACUUUAAGAAAGCCGACUUCAUAAAACUUAGGGAAGUUCUGGGUGAGAUCCCAUGGACAGUAAUACUAAAAGGAAAGGGAGUUCAUGAUGGCUGGGAGUUUGUUAAGAGGGAGAUAGUAAAAGCACAACGUCAGGCAAUACCAAUGAGACGGAAACAUGGAAGGUGCCUAAAGAAGCCAGGGUGGCUAUCUAAAGAACUUUUAACUGAGUUAAGAUUAAAAAGGAUGUGUACAAAAAUGGAAAAGGGGGAAACCACCAAAGAGGAAUUCAAACAAAUAGCCAGCACGUGUAGACACAAAGUCAGAAAAGCUAAAGCACAGAAUGAACUCAGGCUUGCUAGAGAGGUUAAAAGCAACAAAAAGGCUUUUAUGGGUAUGUUCGUAGCAAAAGGAAGAACAAAGAAACAGUGGGGUCACUCAGAGGAGAAGAUGGUGAAAUGCAAACAGGGGACACAGAAAGGGCUGAACUCCUCAAUGCCUUCUUUGCCUCAGUCUUCUCCGAUAAAGAAAACAAUGCCCGACCUGAAGAAUUUGGAGCAAAUGAUUCAGCAGAGGAAACACAGCCCAGAAUAACUAAGGAGAUAGUACAAGAAUACUUGGCUAGUUUAGAUGUAUUCAAGUCUCCAGGGCCAGAUGAACUGCAUCCAAGAGUAUUAAAAGAACUGGCAGAUGUGAUCUCAGAACCACUGGCAGUCAUCUUUGAGAAUUCCUGGAGAACAGGCGAAGUCCCGGCAGACUGGAGGAGGGCAAAUGUUGUCCCUAUUUUCAAAAAGGGGAAAAGAGAGGACCCAAAUAAUUACCGCCCAGUCAGUCUGACAUCAAUACCAGGGAAGAUUCUGGAGCAGAUCAUUAAGCAAACAGUCUGUGAGCACCUAGAAAGGAAUGCUGUGAUCACCAAUAGUCAGCAUGGAUUUCUGAAAAAUAAGUCAUGUCAGACUACCCUGAUCUCGUUUUUUUGUCAGAAUUACAUGGCUGGUAGAUGAAGGGAACGCAGUGGAUGUAGCCUACCUUGAUUUCAGCAAGGCAUUUGACAAGGUGCCCCAUGAUAUUCUUGUAAAGAAGCUGGUAAAAUGCAGUCUUGACUAUGCUACCACUCAGUGGAUUUGUAACUGGCUGACUGACCGAACCCAAAGGUGCUCAUCAAUGGUUCCUCUUCAUCCUGGAGAAGAGUGACUAAUGGGGUGCCACAGGGUUCUGUCUUGGGCCCGGUCUUAUUCAACAUCUUUAUCAACGACUUGGAUGAUGGACUCAAGGGCAUCCUGAUCAAAUUUGCAGAUGACACCAAACUGGGAGGGGUGGCUAACACCCCAGAGGACAGGAUCACACUUCAAAAUGACCUUGACAGAUUAGAGAACUGGGCAAAAACAAACAAGAUGAAUUUUAACAGGGAGAAAUGUAAAGUAUUGCACUUGGGCAAAAAAAUGAGAGGCACAAAUACAAGAUGGGGGACACCUGGCUUGAGAGCAGUACAUGUGAAAAGGAUCUAGGAGUCUUGGUUGACCACAAACUUGACAUGAGCCAACAGUGUGACGCGGCAGCUAAAAGCCAAUGCAAUUCUGGGCUGCAUCAAUAGGAGUAUAGCAUCUAGAUCAAGGGAAGUAAUAGUGCCACUGUAUUCUGCUCUGGUCAGACCUCACCUGGAGUACUGUGUCCAGUUCUGGGCACCACAGUUCAAGAAGGACACUGACAAACUGGAACGUGUCCAGAGGAGGGCAACCAAAAUGGUCAAAGGCCUGGAAACGAUGCCUUAUGAGGAACGGCUAAGGGAGCUGGGCAUGUUUAGCCUGGAGAAGAGGAGGUUAAGGGGUGAUAUGAUAGCCAUGUUCAAAUAUAUAAACGGAUGUCACAUAGAGGAGGGAGAAAGGUUGUUUUCUGCUGCUCCAGAGAAGCGGACACGGAGCAAUGGAUCCAAACUACAAGAAAGAAGAUUCCACCUAAACAUUAGGAAGAACUUACUGACAGUAAGAGCUGUUUGACAGUGGAAUUUGCUGCCAAGGAGUGUGGUGGAGUCUCCUUCUUUGGAGGUCUUUAAGCAGAGGCUUGACAACCAUAUGUCAGGAGUGCUCUGAUGGUGUUUCCUGCUUGGCAGGGGUUGGACUCGAUGGCCCUUGUGGUCUCUUCCAACUCUAUGAUUCUAUGAUUCUAUGAUUCUAGGUAGUUAAUCACACCCAAGGCACAUUACACCUAGAUGUAGUUAUGGCAGCCUCUAACGCCUCACAGGAAUUUGUGUGGUGGAUGGAAACUAGUGGCUUGAUAAAUCUAAAGUUAUAUUUGACAUUUCCAACAUAAUGUGUGCUGGCUUAAUGCUGUUUGGUUUACAGCUGCAGUUUCUCAAACACUUCAUUCCUUGGUAAAUCUUUCCUCUGUAUUUGCUAGAUUUUCACGGAGAGAGCAAAGCACUCCCACGCACUCCAGGCUGACUUUAUUGGAGAGUCUCAAUUGUUACUCUUGCCUUCGUAGCACUAGGAACAUUGUAUGGUGAUGUCCUUAUUCUGGUUUCCAGUUCACAUGACCUAUUAGUUUUCCAGUGGAAAUCCCCUGUGCUUUAGAGAGUGCAAUGACUUCCACACCUUCAGAAAGACGUUGGAAGCCUAUAGUGUCUAAAAGAUUUUUACAAAACAACAAACCCAUACCAACACAAGAGAUUCAAGACAAACUAGGGGAGACUCAAAUACCUUGGCUAACACACCAUCAACUACACGCCUUCUUAAACAAUCCAGCAGUAAAAUCAGCAGCCACUAGGCCCUUGACCACAUUUGAAAUUCUCCUGAGGGACACGGCAAAGGGAUGGCAUGCACAAUAUACAAAAUAUUGCUCCAACAUCCCACAAACCCCCUUGACACAAUCAAAGAACAAUGGGAGCACAGUUUAGGCUAUGAAAUUAACUCCACCUAAUGGACUAAAAUGUGGUCUAAACUUCCCUUUAAGUCCAUAUUGGCCAAAAGAAGGAAACUCACUCUGAAACUCACCUGCAGGUGGUACUUAACACCAUGGAAACUGGCACCGAUACGCCCAGGAACCUCACCAAGAUGUUGGAGAGGCUGCACCUCCACAGGCACAUAUCUCCACAUGUGGUGGGAAUGCCCUAAAAUCCAACCAUUCUGAACAGCAGUCCUACAAGAGAUAUGCAAAAUAACUGAACAGGUAUUAGAACUCACCCCAGAACUGGCACUACUGAAAAUCUUUAAGAUCACAUAAUGACCACUCACAUUAUACAGAGCUUAUAACCCACCUACUCUCAGCAGCCAGAAGCCUCAUAGCAGGCACUGGAGAGACCUAUCAGGAGUAAACAUGGACCAAUGGUAUCAAAUUGUAUGGGAAACAGCCUUACUAGAAAAGCUAAGCAAUAAACUGAAACUGACACGGGGACAAAUAGAAGAGGAUGCCUUCACCCCAGUAUGGCUCCCCUUUAUCACAUACACAGCCCAACAAGACAAUGACAAGAACUCACCAACAGCAUACGAAUCAAUCUGAUUUACCUGACCCAACAAGCUCCCCUCACAAAUGCAAACAAACCCCUCUGCAGCCAACCAACCACACCUGCCCCCCAAUACCUCUCACUACUAAGGAAAUGUAAUAAACGAAUAAAAAGACAGCCUACCCAGGUGACGCUGACACAAAACCCCACAUGUACACUAUACAAAAUAAUAUAAGCCUCACCACACCAUGCCUCCUCUCCCCCCACUUCUUCCCCAACACUAAUGUCUCAUAACAAAUGUAACUUAUUUGUAAGAAAGUCUGUACAACCUGAAAAAAGAAACAAGGCAUGUACUUUUAUAAACCAAUAAAAUCUUUAAUAAAAAUAAAUUUAAAAUAAAAUAAAACAAAGAAGCUUGCAGGUGUAAUUUCAGAGCCUGUGUCUCUAUGAGAAUUCUUGGAGAACAGGUGAGGUCCCUGUAGACUGGAGGCAUAUAAUGAAGUCUGUGAGCACUUAGAAAAGGAUACUGUGAUUAUUAAGACCCAGCAUGGGUUUUCAUAAGCAAGUCAUGCCAGAUGAAUCAUUUCUUUUUUAUGGAGUUACAAGCUUGCUGAUCGGAAGGUCGGCGCUUCAAAUGGUGCAAAUGGUUCGAACGGUGAGCUCCCGUUGCUUGGUCCCUGCUCCUGCCAACCUAGCAGUUCAAAAGCAUGCCAGUGCAAGUAGAUAAAUAGGUACCACUCCAGCAGGAAGGUAAACGGCGUUUCCAUGCGCUGCUCUGGUUCGCCAGAAGCGGCUUAGUCGUGCUGGCCACAUGACCCGGAUGCCAGUAAAGCAAGAUGAGCACCGCAACCCUAACAGUCAGGGGUCCCUUUACCUUUACCUUUACAAGCUUGGUGGAUCAGGGAAAUGCUGUUGUCAUAGUAUAUCUUGAUUUCAGUAAGGCUUUUGACAAAGUCCCCCUUGAUGUUCUUAUGCAAAAUGUCAUCGCUGGAGAGCCGUUGUUAUAGAACCAUAUUGUACUGUGCUAAAAUGACAGAAGUAACUUUUCCUUUCCUGGAAAGAAAGAAAUGAGGCCUCUUAGGUGUUAGCGAUGUGUGAAAUCUAAGCCUGAUAUUUCCAUAAAGCCCAAAUUAUGCAGAGAUGAGAAAUGACACCCAAGCUACUAACCCUGUGCUCUGUAACUUGUGCAAAGAUUGCUCUCUUAUGCAAAUGAUUUUGUUUAGCCUAUAUUUUGAAACCCGGUACUGGGAGCCAGCAUGGUUCUGUGAGUGACAGGUCCGGGGAGUCCGAGCAAGUCCUAAAUCUUCCAUGCAAGUCUUGCAUGGCCGAUGGCAAGUCACAAUCUUCACUGCAGUUCAUCAUCUUUACAGAAAGAAUCAUAGUGACAUAGGUUGUUGAGGGAAAAGCUAUACUGAGAUGGCAAAACGGCAUCAAAGUUAGCAUGUACAAGUGUUUCAUAAGCCAGAAAAUAACAGCACACACCCUAUAAUGGUAGCUGAGCCUGGGAUUUUAUUAGGUAAGUGUGGGUGUGUAAGCAGGUAGGAGGUCAGCAGAACAAAUGGACACUCAGAUUUACGUAAUCUUGGGAUUAGCAAAAUGCUGAGUUACUUUGAUAGGCGAGUUGCACAUGAAAGGGUGGUGUGUUGCAGCCCCUGCUGAGGAUGUGUGCUCAAUGAGCCUACACAUUUUUUGCAUUGCAUCUUCUCUGCAAUCAGUGCUGGUCUUUCAAUAGUGGGCACAUACAACCCCAUGGCAACACUGUCCUCAAUACUUUUCCACGCAGAAGUAAGUGGUAGCCAUGUGCUUUUGCGGGGUCUCUGCAUGCAAAAAUGUGUGUGCACCCAAGAAGACAUCACUGGGGGCCCCUGGUGACCUCACUGUAUGAGGUGGGGACAGAUGCAACCCCCUCUCAUUCGGCCUGAUCCAAUAUCGUCAUGUAGAACUGUUCCGCAGGAUCCACUGAGAACCAAAGCCUUGUAAGAAUCAAAAGCAGUGGUUCUCAAAGGGUGUGGCAUGCCACACUGGUGUAGCAGGAGAGGAUGGCAAGUGUGGCAGGAAGAUUCAAGGACAAUCAAUAUUGUGUUCUGGGAAUCAGCCAUGUUCUUAUGUGGCUGCAUUGUUUUAUGCUUUUUGGAUUCCCUAUGAUGUCAAGGAAAUAAACAACUACAGUGGUACCUUGGGUUAAGAACUUAAUUCGUUCUGGAGGACCGUUCUUAACCUGAAACUGUCCUUACCCUGAGGUACCACUUUAGCUAAUGGGGCCUCCUGCUGCCACUGCGCCACUGGAGCACGAUUUCUGUUCUCAUCCUGAAGCAAAGUUCUUAACCCGAGGUACUAUUUCUGGGUUAGCAGAGUCUGUAACCAGAAGUGUCUGUAACCUGAAGCGUAUUGUUACGGUAAAAUCUGGGUGCGGGGCUACUCUGCCACCCAGCUCGUCGGACUAAGUCCGCGGGUCCCUGCGGAAGAAAAAUGAGCUCAGCCGGAGACAGGAGCAAACUGCAGAAGAUCCAAGUUUAUUGCGCAACAGGUUCAAGGCGAGAUUGAACCGCGAGAAAGGGGUGACAUGAAUUUUUGAAACUUCCCUCCAUGUCCCAGAAUACAGUGCAAAAUACAUCCCAGUUACAUCAUGAAUACAUUAAGAAGAGGUUGGGUUACACAGAUUACAUCACGAAUACAUUAGGAAGAGGUUGGGUUACACAGAUUACAUCACGAAUAUAUUAGGAAGAGGUUGGGUUACACCGGAUUAACAUAUGGAGGAGGGAGGGGGGAAUAUGCAGAGCUGGAGAUAUGUGCAGAUAAGCACAUCCUGAGUACAGGUGAUGGGAAGACAAUGGUCCAUGUAUGCAUAGUCUGCCACCUGGCACUGCCCGGAGGAAAGGCUUGGCAGAGCGAUUUGACAGGAUUAGGGUCUUGACACCUUGCUUGAGGAAUUAUGGAGGACAGGGGAGGUGUCAUGGAGUCCUAGAGAAAUUGAGCAAAUUGGCACGUUGAUUUUCUAUGAAUUUUAUAGAUUUUAGUCCCUUUUGACAUUGGCAAUUGGAAAUAAAUGGAUAUAUUGUAGCGAAGAAGAAGGUGAAGAAGACAUGCCCCCCCCCUUCCGUAUCAGUAUGUAACCUGAGGUACCACUGUAUCUGACUUUUAGAAGACAUCUGUAAGCAGCCCUGUAUAGGGAAGUUUUUAAUGUUUGAUGUUUUACUGUGCUUAAUAGGUGUGAGGGUUUGUGUAUGCUCUUCGCAAUAAGCACCCUCUGCUCACUCAGAGAGAUAUUUACAGUUCUUUAUUUUACAUAUGUACAAGCAGCACAGUACAAUCAUGCAUCCGAAUCGUCCAGUUCAGAUUCGGGGAGUGGUCUUCUCCUGCUUCUCCUCCAACAGAAAAGGUGGGGAAGCUUCAUGGGACAUCUCUGAUUCCUGCUCUUUAACCCUCUCCUUUCCUGUGCCAAAGGCACAGGCAUAGACUCUCUGUUCCUGAACUCCCUGUGCGGUGCUGGAGCUCUGCUUCAGCAUCAGAGAGCCUUCCCGCCUCCUGGCUCUCUCCCUCUUCCCCUUCCGUCACUUCCUCUCUGUCUCGUUCUGAUUGUUCCCACUCUGACUCUUCUCCUCCCCCCCCUGCCCCCGACUCAAAGACAUUCCUUGGCAGUCCCGUGACAAUAGGUUUAAUUUCUUUAAUUUGUUGUAAGCUGCCCUCAGUGGCUGGGGUAGACCAGUCAGAUGGGAGGCAUCUAGAUAAAUAAAUUGAUGAUGUUGAUGAUAUUAUAAAGUAGUUGUAUUCUUUGUUAUUAACCAAGCACUGUUGGAGGAGGUGUUUCUUCUCCCACCUUCCAAAUGUAUUUCUUAUCAAUAAAAAAAUUGGUGUGGCACAAGCAGAUUUUUAUUCUGAAAGUGUGGCCCAGGAAAAAAAAAUUGAGAACCACUCAAUUCUAAGGAACCAGCAUGCAUGUCUACAGUGCUCCCCGGCAGAAAAUAGUUGCAUUUGCUUACAAGGGACUCAUGGUGCCAAAGUGGUACUCUCCGUACGUUGCUGGCUCUACCAGGAGGCAGAGUGAGGAAGCUGCCUCAGGCGGCAAAUGCUGAAAGGCAGGAGGUGAACAGAGCUGUGUGAAUUUCCAACCAUGCUUACAAAACAAAAAUACACCACUCAGAAUAAAAUAACCCCAAACAGCAGUAAAAUUCCAACCCAACCAGUUUAUAUUUGCAAGCUCAAAGCUCCCAGUGGAAUAUUCUACAGGAAGAUACUGUAUCUGAUUAACUGUGGCCAAACCAGCACAUUCAGUUAAAGUUCAAGCCAUUAUUCUAGUUUACAAUAAUAACUAUGCUUAAAUUUGCACCAACAAUCAAACAAAAAACACUUUGCAUGGCUCAUUAUGUGUGGCGCUGAAAAGAAGCAAGCAGAGGACACGAUAGAAAGGAUUUUGCAUCAAGAAAGUUUUGAAGAUUUGGGCGGGCAAUAAUAGACAGAAGCCCUUAGAAGGGAAGGAAGAAAAGUUGUUACUAUUAUCAUUUAUAUAGCAGUCUCUCAGCAAAUAUUCCCUGGGCUGCUUGCCACAAAUCAAUCUUUAAAAAGCAGCAUUAAAAAGUUUAUUAAAAUGUUUGUAGUUGAUACUGUUUUAAAAUAGGUUUUUGUUUUAUUUUCAGUUGCAUUGUUUUUCUACUUGGUUCUCUGCCACAAAAAUUACCCUUUAUUUUAUAGCCACUUUCCUCCAUUUCACCUGCUAUAUUCCUCAGAAAGGAAGCUUAGACUGUAUUUUUCAACUUGCCUGGAAUCUUGCCCUCCAGCAACUCCUGCAGCCAAGCUGGUGCCAAAUGUCUUACUCUGCUUAGGACCACAUCAGUGAGGCUGAGAGGGAGUCUUGUUGGGUUUGGGGUCUCCCCAAAUUAUAACAAUACUUAACCCUGGGCAGCACAUCCUGUUAUAUCAAAAUUAUUGUUCUUCAUCUUAAAGAAAGCAAAGACAGUGAUGAAGAAGGUUAACUGAGAGAAGAAGAAGAAUUUAUUUCCAACCCAGCCACUCCAUUAAAUGUGCUCUUGAGCUAAGACAGAAUUCGAAAAGAAACAUAAGAUAUCGGCUGAACUGUGUGUUAAAAACACCAGGCGAGUCCAUGCUUAAGGCUAUUUAUUACAAGUUUCCCACUGUAUAAUGCAUCCUCUGUGGUUUUCUUCUUACGGGUCAUUUUGCAACCCUUCCUCUUAGCCUGUUAUUAAGCACUUGCAAAAGGAUUUUGCAGGGCGCCAUUGUGGUGUGGGAAAAGUACUCCGUAAUCAGGCUGCAAUCUGAGCCCAGGUAAUUUGCAGUUGGUUGGACUGGAGCCAAUGGGACCUCUGAGAUCAAUUUGCUCCGUAUCAGGGUUCUGGCUGGCUAAGAAGAGCCUGCUAGAUCGGGUCACACAGACCCAGCCCAACCAUUAGGCAGGGUGAGACCAUUGCCUCAGGCGUCAGAAGCUCCACAAGCAGCACGCCUGUGGGUGCCCCAUCUGCCCUGCCACCUCAACCAACGGAGAAGUGGUGAUGCCAUCUGUGCUGAUUUUGGGCAUGACUGCGUCUAUUUGGGGCAAGACCUCACCCAAAAUUGGGAUUGUCUUUUGUAGUGGGUGCUGUGGCAGCAGGAGCAGGUAAAUGGUUGCCCAUAAGCUAGAGAUUCCCCACCAGGGUAAUGGAUAAGAAAAGCGAUGGACUAGGCGGAAUUGGUAGAGCCAACAGCAAAAAUAAGAGAACCUAAUGAGGACUGUUUUGUGGAAGAAUGGAAGCCUUUUUCAGAAUAUUUAAAGCAAUAUAGUAUGAUGAAUUCAUGAGCAGGAUUUGAAGUAUGAUCAACAGAAGAAAUUAGAGGUUAUUGCAGGGGUCAGCAAACUUUUUCAGCAGGGGGCUAUUCCACUGUCCCUCAGACCUUGUGGGAGGGCGGACUAUUUUAUUUGGGGGGGGGGAGAACGAAUUCCUAUGCCCCACAAAUAACCCAGAGAUGCAUUUUAAAUAAAAGCACACAUUCUGCUCAUGCAAAAACACCAGGCAGGCCCCACAAAUAACCCAGAGAUACAUUUUAAAUAAAAGAACACAUUCUACUCAUCUAAAAACACGCUGAUUCCCAAACCGUCUGCGGGCCGGAUUUAGAAGGCGAUUGGGCCGGAUCCAGCCCCCGGGCCUUAGUUUGCCUACCCAUGGGUUAUUGUAUGGUGGUUAUGAUAAGCAAAGGGGAGAAAUUGUAAACACCAUGGAAAACGGGAAAGGAAGUAAAAGAAAAAAGAAAAAUUUAUUGUGUUUUGGAGUGUAUAUGUGAAUUUUUUGAAAUUUAAUAAAAUAUAAUGAAUAAAAAGAUACCCCACCAGGGCAAGAAAUGAGCAAGGUGAGGGACAGGCGGCUACAUUUCAACACAGCUUUUUUGCUUCUCCAGAUCAGGCCCAAUGCAAAGGACCAAUUUACCAUCUGCAGGAACAAUUAAACAAUUAAAAACAUGCAUCCUCAGCCCCAGUUAUUCUAAGACUGGGAGCUUUCGCUAGUGGUGAAGCUUUUUCUCAGUCACCACUUGAUAAGUAGGAAUGAAUGAAUUAAUGUUUAUUGUUACGGCGAAACAGCCAGCAUACUAAAACCAGAGUUUCUGCGUAGUUCUUUACAAAAAACGAUAAAGACAAUCAGAAUGGAAUUUAACAAUCAAUAUACUAAUUAAAUAGACUUGAAAUGUGUGUCCAAGGAAACAAUAACUCCAAGGAUUAAGGCUUUCUGGGAAAUGAUAUAUAAUGAAUUGAAAAAGGUAUUUAAAUAUACCUUCUUGAAAAAAACAGAGGCCUUUCUUCUGGGCAUGGUUGGCCAAUUGGUGCCAAAGAAGGAUAGAACCUUUUUUAUGUAUGCCACAACAGCAGCAAGAAUACUCAUCGCAAAAUAUUGGAAGACACAAGAUCUACCCACUCUGGAAGAAUGGCAGAUGAAGGUGAUCGACUACAUGAAACUGGCGGAAAUGACUGGCAGAAUCCGAGACCAGAGAGAAGAGUCGGUGAAAGAAGACUGGAAGAAAUUUAAAGACUAUUUACAGAAAUAUUGUAAAAUUAAGGAAUCUUAGAAGGAUGUUGGAUAGAAACUAAGAGGUUUUUAGCUGUAAUGCCUUAAGAGACAUGAAAAAAGGUUUGCAACUGGGUAAAAGUUUAAUGGUAAGGAUUUGCUGAACUAACAAAUUGAACUGGAAUACAAAAAGGGAGGUAUGAGCACGUCUGGGGAAAUAAGUAUAGGGAAGAUACGUUAUGGAAAAUUAAUAUCCUUUUAACUGUUUCAUUUGGUAUGUUUCUUUUUAUUUUUUACUUUUUUGGUUAUAUUUUAAAAUUUUUAUUUUUCUUUUUUCUGUAUUCUGUAUUUUUUUGUAUUUUUUGAAACUUUAAUAAAUAUCAUUUAAAAAAAAAAACCAAUAACUCAAUUUAAUAAGAAGAAAACUGAACUAUAAGCUGUAACAAUUUGUGUUUACCCUCAUUUACCCUGAAAUUCAAACCUAACAUCUUGCUUACAGCAGCUGGUUUUUUUCACCUGCCAGAAAGGGAUGACUCAGAAGGCGAAGUGAGUUGCAAGAGAUAAGAGCCUCUGAUGAAACCAGGAACUCUUUGAAAAGUGAUUGGUAACGAGCGUUCCCUGGGGAAAAUAGCCUCCUGUGAAUUGCCCCCCCCCCCUGCAAGGGGCACGCAGCAACUGGCAGAAGCAUCCCAACAUCAUGGCGUCAGAUAUCUCUCCUGUCCUAGUUCUGUCUAUGGAAAUGUCAUCCUUUCUGCACGAGAUGUAGGGGGAAGUGAGGGGCAGAUGGGGCUAAUCAUUUUUUUUUUAAAUCAUAUUUAUUAAAGUUUCCAAAAAUAUAAAAAUACAAAGAAAAAAGACAAAAGAAAAAAGAUAUUUAAAAGCCUUACUUUCAUUCCCUACUUUCUGGGACUCCCCUCCCCCAAUUGUAUUCCCUUUCCUUAAUUUGGUUCUACAAGCUCUCACUCCCAAUUUAAAAGCUUAAUUUGUUUAACCCACUAUCCAGAUUGAAUUGUACAAAUCUUACCACCGUCCCACAUCAUUAACAGAAAAAGAAAAAAGAUUUUCCCCAGGAUCCACCCCAAUUCCUUCCACAAAUUCCCUUUUUUAAACACGUCCGAUCAAAAUAAAAUAACCUGCGUAGUUAUGUAAAGAAACAACAAAUAAGAGUUAGAUCAAAUUUCCAAAAAGGGUUACACUGCCUUUGGUUUUCAAAUCUCCCCCCCCCCCCUUCCCCGGUUUGAAUUCCCCAUGUCCAUCAGUCUAUACAUUAUCAGCUUGGAAGUCUCAUUUCAUGACCAGAUUUCUCCCCGUUUCCAUCUUGACGGUUUUCUUUAGUUUAUUAAUUUAAAUAAUAUUUGACUUCAAAUGUCCAAUCUAACAAAGGCCUUUAAUUUCCUUGAUCUUUACCACUCCUCCCGUUGCUCUUUCCGUGUCGUAAUCAGUCCUUUAUUCUUCUUAUUCCUCACUUUCUCAGGUUUCUUGUCCUGUUCAGCUGCUAAAACUUUCUAAUUCAGAAAUCUAGUGUCUCUGCAGAGGUUUGUUAUUCAGGAACAAAAACUUACGUCCAGUCCCUUUCUUUCUUCAAUAAAAAUUCCAUUGUCUUCCUCUGUAGACAAAAUACUCUUUCAGUUUUGCAGCUUUCCCAGAAGAUAACAAAUCCUGUGCGAAUCCCAGGGUAUUUUUCCACUUACGACCAUUCUUGUAAUAUCCCGAAACCCCUCUAGGGGGAUUGUAAUAACUUUGUAUCCUCUAAUCCAAAAGUCAAAUUGUUGCUUAUUUUCCAACAGUUUAUAUCCAUGUUAUAGCAAAUUGUAACAAAAUUAACCAGCAAGAUCCUCAUAAAGUCCUCUUUAUAUUCUCCAGCUUUGACAGCCACUUUGACAGCUGUCAAAGUCUCCGUCUCUCUUCACCAGGCUCCACAGAUCGCCCCGGUUCCCAGGGGGGGGGUUGCAUUUUUCUUCUCACCCUCCACUCUUCUCCUCCAGCACAUUUCUUAUAAUUUCCCAUCGUGAAAUUAAUGAUUUUUAUCAAAGACAUACUUCCCUUUGGACCUUGGUUACCCAGUCCUUGUUUUGGAAUGCUUACAAUAGGGGGGGGGAUUGACUUCCUUUUAAAUCGCCCCGCUCGUGCCAAAUCCAAAAUUUUGAACCCGGUUUCCCAAUUACUCACGGGUUGUUGUUAAUAGUCCAAAUUUUCAAUAGAAGAAGUCAGCGCUCUCCGUCGAAUGGCAUGCGGCUGCGCUCGGCAGGGAAAGCAGAGGACUCAGCACCACGCCGCUCCCGGCACCCGAUCCGAAGCCUUUAAAAGGCUCCUUCACGAGUCGGGAGGGCGCUAAUGGUGCAAGCCGAGUCACCCAUGUCCACGGACUCCGUGCCCGUGGUUUUAAGGGUCCCCGCGUCGCCGGCGCGGUAGGACCCAGCCCCUGCCGAGCAGACUCCCUCCGGAGCUCGGAGGGAGUCCGCCAUUCGGCGAUGGCGCUAACCCGGAAGUCCCAGAUGGGGCUAAUCAACCUGGGAAGGGAGCCCAUCUAGGAGGACAAAAACUCUGGUCCUAAACCUCAUUUGUGAGAAAUGCUUUGAGAGUAAAUCCCAAAGGAAAAAUCCAUACCUGCUGCCUUGUGGGAUAUCUUUGGGAGAAGCAAAGUAAACCCGAUGCAAAUCUGGAGUGGAGCCGUCAGUGCGGUUAGAUGGUGCCUUGUACACUGUCUCCUUCCAGCAACUCCUGCAGCCAAGCUGGUGCCAAACAUAUUGCUUUCCUUUCCUUUGGAUCACAUUAGCAAGGCUAAGAGGAGAUGUUCUUGUCAUCUGGGCAGCCCAGGGCCCCAUACACACUGCCCAGGCUCACACCCCAGGGAAGAGAAAUUGUGGAGGAAGAGGAGAAUAACUCAAAGCACAGUUGCUGUUGUCCCUUCACCUCAUUUACUGUCCCGAAGGCUCCCAUCUCAUAUUACUCUUGAUGGUGUAGCACUUAGAGUGAGGCUGGGAGACCUCAGGCAUGAAUGCCAGAUGCGGCCCCCAGACCCCUCUAUCUGGCCCUUGCAAUUCUCUCCUGACCCCACACUACACCAGCCCUACUUCACAACUUCCUUCAAACUAGCCUACUGUACCAAGUUGUAAAUUUGUUGCUUCGCCUCCGUCCCCAUCCACCAUUUGCAUGUGGUCCCCAGAAGAUUGCUUCGAUAGGAGUGCAGCCCUUAGGCAAUUUAUUUACUCUCUUUUUCAAGUGUCAAAGGUUCCCUCAUUCAGCCCUGAAGCUAAAGUUUGGACCAUUACGGGGUAGCCUGGCAGACUGCAAAGUGCAGAGACCCACCAUCUUAAUUUCCUAGAGGCAUCUAUACAUAUGCAAAUUUAAGAUUUGUGGCCGGCUACACGCCACACGUUUAAAGCCCAUGACUUCCCCCAGAGAAUCCUGGGAACUGUAGUUUGUCAAGGGUGCUGGGAGAUGCAGCCCCGUAAGGGGCAAACUAGUUUCCAGGACUGUUUGCAGGGAAGCAUCAUGUGCCUUAAAUAUAUGUUGUGUGUGACACGCAGUGUGUGCAACACUCUGGUUGAGUCUAUCCAUUAAAUAUAGGUGAUAUAGAUUGGUCCCAUUCAAAUUAUGGUGAAGACAGAUGACAUGAGGACCAUAAAGCAUAUUGCAGUUAACGGCUCCUAUCUGGCUCUUUUCCUCCUUUUUUGAAGGCAAAAGAAGAGAGUUUUAUUGGAGUCUAUCUGGCUCUUGUUGACGGGCAACUAUGUGCAUGUAACAACUGGCAGCCCCAGAUGGCUUCUUCCAGGCACUGUUCUUCCUUGCUGGGUUAGGACAUUUAAAAAGGAGCUCUGGAACACAAUGUCAGAACAAAACCUGCAUUUGUUCGUCAGAAAUUAUGGCUUCAUGUUGUCCUUCCUGGUGUCGUGUUUCUCAUCGGAUGCCAGGAGAUGGUUGUGGCCAACUCCCAAGUCACAAAGAAACAACUUUCCCAAGUGUUAAAUCACCCUUGCCCUUUUUCAGGUUCUUACCCUCGAGCGGUAUGUUUUUUUAAAUAUUAAAAAUAUCUAUGUUUUGUAGGCUCAGCCUUGACAUCAUCAUCAUAUACCAACAAAUAGCAAACUUGGUGACAUGGGGCCAAUGAGAAAUAAGAGUGACGUAUCAGUACAAGAGAGGUACCCCUAUGUUUGGUGAACCCUAAUGUUUGGAGGGGGGGGAAAGGGACGCGGGUGGCACUGUGGGCUAAAUAACACAGCCUAGGACUUGCUGAUCAGAAGGUAGGUGGUUCAAAUCCCUGCGAUGUGGUGAGCUCCCGUUGCUCGGUCCCUGCUCCUGCCAACCUAGCAGUUCGAAAUCACGUCGAAGUUCAAGUAGAUAAAUAGAUACUGCUCCGGCGGGAAGGUAAACGGCAUUUCCGUGCGCUGCUCUGGUUCGCCAGAAGCAGCUUAGUCAUGCUGGCCACAGGACCCGGAAGCUGUACGCCGGCUGCCUCGGCCAAUAAAGCGAUAUGAGCGCCACAACCCCAGAGUCGGUCACGACUGGACCUAAUGGUCAGGGGUCCCUUUACCUUUAAUGUUUGGAGAAGUAGAAACGUAUUUCUUUAGGAGGGAACAGACCUAACAGGGCAAAAAUGGCUCCAGACAACACACUGAGGACAGAAUGUGCUCAGUGGCCAAACAACGCCAAGUAUCUGUGAAUCUCAGAAUCACAGAAUUAUCAUGUUGGAAGGGAUCCCAAGGGUCAUCUAGCCCUACCCCCUGCAAUGAAGUGUGGGACAGGAAUGGAGUAUCCUGAAAAAAAGCAAGAGUGCUCCACAACUGCAAUGUUUUGGUUGUGGGUGGGGAAUUUUGGAUGAUGGACCAAAUUUGGCCGGGCAGUGGUCCCAAUACUGCCUGCCAGGCUGUUCCUUGCAAGCCACGCCCACCUGCUCCAUACCUGACAAUCUAUGUCACCUGGCUAUAAAAGGAGCAACUGGGAGCUUAAUGUGAGCUCCCAAUUGCGGGAGAAAGGUAUGUUCCCAACACCCAAGUAGGGAGCCCACCUUGGUCCAAUAGCACAAAGCUUUGUGUUAGCAGAAGCUUCAAUGAAAACUUUGACAGCUGUGUUGUCCCACAUACUUGUCAGUCAUCUGAUAUCAUGAUGUCAGGUGAUUGACAGACACUAUGUCCCACCCACUUGGUUUUGUUGAAGGCCCAGUCCCCCUGGGCUGGUAGGUAUAUUUAAAACAGGAGUGCAGAACCUGCUGCUCUCCAUGUGUUGAUAAACUACAACUCUUUCUUUUCCCUUGCUUGCUAGGCCGGAUGGGAGUUGGAGAGCAACCACAUCUGCAACUGAAUUAAAUAAGCCUUUGCUCCAUUUGAGUGUCCACUGUUUUACUGAGGAAAGGGGAAGUUGAAAUUAAGAUGGUUUAGUAAUUGAACACUUGGUCUCCUGACCAAAACGCUGAGGGUGAUCAUGAGAUGGAGAAUGGAAUCAAGUAGGCAUCUGAAAGAGGAAAUGCUGCAGCAAUGGGUGAUUUCAACUAUCCUCACAUUAGACUUGGAACAUUUGCAUGUUGGAGUCACCAGGUUCAUGCCUAAGGAGUGAAAGGGGAGGGGAGGGGAGAGAAUUUCUGCCAAAUAUUUAUUGGGCCUUGUGAGCCAUUUACUUAACAAAUGCCUCCCUGCUGAUAACAAUCAGCUGCACUGCUGGUUCCACCAACCCUCUUGUCUUAAGGAGCCUAAGAAGCCAUGAUUUAAAUGGUCCUGACAAGUAUCUCCUUUGUUAGGGAAAUUAUGGGUAAAUGGUGUACAAUGACUAGCAAAUAGCUGACAAAAGGGCAUACCCUCCCUGUCCUUAGCGAAUGGGAGAGGAGUCUUCUACUUCUUUGGCGAUGGAUCACUCAAAGCCAAGCCAGAUUGUCUUCCAUGAACAUGGUCUUAACAGUGAGUCCGAAAGUGACUGUGGAGGUCAAUUCUGAUCCACACGUCCUUCCUCAGUGGGGACAUAGGUUUCCUGGCAGGAGUUGAUCACGGUGAGGGUUUGCCAAGCGUGCCUUCCUCUUAGCACAUUUCUCUCUUUCAUCCUGCAUUUGAGCGUCUUCAAAGGUCAUGACACUUUUGGUAAAGGCUGUUCUCCAACUGGAGUGUUCGCAGGCCAGUGUUUCCCAAUUGUCAGUGUUUAUACUACAUUUUUUUAGAUUUGCCUUGAGACAGUCUUUAAGGCUCUUUUGUUGACCACCAGCAUUACACUUUCCAUUUUUAAGUGCGGAAUAGAGUAGUUGCGUUGGAAGACGAUAAUCAGGCAUCCGCACAACAUGACCAGUCCAAUGAAGUUGAUGAAUCAUUGCAUCAACACUGGUGAUCUUUGCUUCUUCCAGUACACUGGCAUUAGUUUGCCUGUCUUCCCAAGUGACAUGCAAUUUUUUUUCGGAGACACCGUUGAUGGAAUCUUUUGAGGAGUUGGAGAUGGCGUUUAUAAGUGGUCCAUGUUUCGCAAGCAUGCAGUAAGGUUGGUAGUACAAUAGCUCCUGUAAACAAGCAUUUUGCUUUCCCAGCAAAUGUCCCGGUCCUCAAACACUCUGCACUUCAAUUGGGAGAAAGCUGCUCUCGCAGAGCUCAGGCAAUGCUGGAUUUUGGCAUCAAUAUUGGCCCAUGUGGAAAGAUAACCACCCAGGUAAGAGAAGUGAUCAACACUUUCCAGUGUUAUACUAUUGAGUUGGAUUUGUGGUGCUGCAGAGGGGUUGUUUUGUAUUUGAACAAAAACAAAAACAAAAAAAAAUUCCUUCCAGUAGCACCUUAGAGACCAAGUAAGUGUGUUACUGGUAUGAGCUUUCGUGUGCAUGCACAUUUCUGCAGAUACACUGAAACAGAAGUCACCAGACCCUUAUAUGUAAUGAGAGGGUGGGGAGGGGUGAUUGGCUGAUAGGCGUGGUAAACCUGUUGACGACUGUUAACGACUGCAAUUGGUCUUACAGGAAAAAGCAAGGGGUGAGAUGGCUAAAAAUAGCUUUAUCAUGUAUAAUGAGAUAAGAAUCCAAUUUCUCUAUUCAGACCAGGUCUCUCCAUGGUUUUAAGUUUGGUAAUAAUUUGCAAUUCAGCAAUUUCUCUUCCCAGUCUAUUUCUGAUUUUUUUUGUGUUUGUUAGUGCAACACAUUGGUUUUUUUGGAUGUUGAGUGAUAGGCCAAGUUUUCUGUAAGCUUCUGCGAAGAUAUUUAGGAUGGUUUGGAGGUCAUCCUCUGAGAGCUGGACACCGCCCCCCCAUCUUGUUAUCGCUGACCUUUGACUCUGCUGGCUGGUGCUGUUGGGAGCCCUCCAACAGCAUCCAAAAGGCCACAGGUUGCCAUCCCUGCUCUACAUAUGAGGAGCAUGGCCUGUAAAAAUGAGUGUAUGCAAAUCAUCUGUAGUGAUAACUUACAUAUGCAAAUUAACUAUAGCACUUCCCCCAUACUUUGCUCCAGGAGAAAUAUCCAAAUUACAUUUUGAUUGGCCUGUUAUUGCAAGCUACCCCUGAGGCCAUUUAUUCAAAUAUCUGAAGAGCUGUCCCAUGGAAGAUGAAGCAAGUUUGUCUUCUGUUGCUCCAGAGGGUAGAACCCAAACCAAUUGAUUCAAAUGAGAAGAGAUUCCGAGAAAACAUUAGGAAGAAUUUUCCAACAGUUGUUGUUGUUGUUUAGUCGUUUAGUCGUGUCCAACUCUUCGUGACCCCCUGGACCAGAGCACACCAGGCACUCCUGUCUUCCACUGUCUCCCGCAGUUUGGUCAGACUCAUGCUGGUAGCUUCGAGAACACCGUCCAACCAUCUCGUCCUCUGUCGUCUCCUUCUCCUUGUGCCCUCAAUCUUUCCGAACAUCAGGGUCUUUUCCAGGGAGUCUUCUCUUCUCAUGAGGUGGCCAAAGUAUUGGAGUCUCAGCUUCAGGAUCUGUCCUUCCUGUGAGCACUCAGGGCUGAUUUCCUGAAGAAUGGAUACGUUUGAUCUUCUUGCAGUCCAUGGGACUCUCAAGAGUCUCCUCCAGCACCAUUUCCAACAGUAAGAGCUGUUAAAUGGGUGGAAAGGGCUUUGGAAGGUGAUGGACCUCUCAUUCACUGGAGGUUUUAAAGCAGAGAUUGGAGGGAGCACCCGUUAGGGAUUCUGUGAUUUCUGCAUUGCAGGAGUUGGACUAGAUGACUAUUAUUCUAUUUUCCCUGGCCUUAGCUUUGCCUCUCAGCAGAACCGUUUCCCACUCUCACUUACUUGGGUUUUGAAUCAAGGCCCAAGCAUUUCCUUCCUACAGCAGAUGCUACAUAUUUAGCCUCAAGUGAGGUGGUCAAUAAGGUAGGAAGCCAUUGCUAAUUAUACUAUCCUUGUAAGUAGGUCACCUUGUUCUUCUCUUGCAUGAGUUCUGGGCCUGCUAGGAUCUAAUAGAGUGCUUGCAUUUCAUGUAUUUAUUUAGAAAAUGUCAGCGCUGCCCUUCAGUUAAAACUCUCAGGGGAGUAUACAGGAAAAUAAUUAACAGUGCCAUCUUAGACAUGUCUUCUUCAGAAGUAAGCCACACUAAAGCCAACGGGGCUUCCUCUCAGGCAAGUGUGUUGAUUGCAGACUAAGAUAGUAACUAUGUAAAAUGCUACGGAAAUAAAACACAGAAGCAGCUUUGAAGCAAAGCCACAACCAAGGCAUUCAUGGCCUUUUAGCCCCAAUGUUUUAACUCUUCCUGCCCCAUAUCCUAGACAUCCAGCCUUAGGGCUGGAUCAGGCCAAUGGCCCAUCUAGUCCAGCACCCUGUUCUCGUAAUGGCCAGCCAGAUGCCCGUGGGAAGUCUGUAGGCAGGACAUGAACGCAAAUGCAUUGCUCUCCUCUCCUGUGAGUUUCAGAAACUAUGCGCUGCUUCUAAUACUGAAAGUAAAUAUAGCCAUUAAGGCCAGUUGCUAUCAACAGCUUUACGUUCCAUAACAUCACAGCAUAUGCUUUCAUAGACUAGAGUGCACUUCAUCAGCUGCAUCAUUGCUCCCAGCAGCGUAGUGUGGACAGGAUGGAACUGCAAAUGGUUAUCAGAGGGCAAUGCAAUGAAUUGCACAAAGUACAGACCACCUUGCUCUCAAUACGUGCCCACUUGACUGUUUUGGUGUGAGGAACUGGCACCUUUACAAGUGCCAACUAAUGUUUGUGCCACACUUGCUAGCAAUUAGUCUUUCAGUGUGGCAGCCACAAGAAAAGCUAUGCACAUGAAAGCUCAUACCAGUAACAAACUUAGUUGGUCUCUAAGGUGCUACUGGAAGGAUUUUUUGUUUUGUUUCCCUGCCCAUUGAUAUUACUGAUUUUACUUCUACUUUGCAUCAACAGAAUUCUAGUGUCCAGAUCAAGGGAAGUAAUAAUAUCUCUAUUCUGCCUUAGUCAGACCACACUUGGAAUACUGUGUCCAGUUCUGGGCACCACAAUUUAAGGAGGUUGACAAGCUGAAACAUGUGCAGAGGAGUGUUACCAAGAUGAUCAAGCGUCAGGAAACGAAGCCUUAUGAGGAACAGUUGAAGGAAUUGGGUAUGUUUAGCCUGGAAAAGAGGAGACUGAGAGGAGAUAUGAUAGCCAUCUUCAAGUAUCUUAAGGACUGUCACAUGGAGGAGGGAGCAUGCUUGUUUUCUCCUGCUCUGGAGGGUAGGACUCAAACUAAUGGCUUCCAGUUGCAAGAAAGGAGAUUCUGACUAAACAUUCGGGAAAACUUUCUGACAGUAAAAGCUUUUCAGCAGUGGAACAGACUCCCACAAGAGGUGGUGGUUUUUAAAUAAGAGGUCGGAUGGCCAUCUGCCAUGGGCGCUUUAGCUGAGAUUCCUGCAUUGCAAGGGGUUGGAGUAGAUGACCUUUGGGGUCACUUCCAAAUCUAUGAUUUAUGAUAAACUUGAUGUGCAUAGCAUAGAAUCAUAGACUUGUUGGAAGGGAUGAAGAGCGUCAUGUAGACCACCCCGCUGUAACGCAGGAAAGCUUUCUCCUAGGGUGGGGGGUAGAAGCAACGACCCUGAGACUAGUUUGUCGUUAAAGUUACUGGUAUUCGCAGUGAAUGUUUCACAUUGAUUAUCUGAACUACUUAUGAGGUUUUUGUUGAUUAAAGCGGUACAUGAACCUUUUCAAAUAAAACUAAACCACUCCUAUCCACUCCGCGCAUCCUAUGAAGCCGGCUCAGUACCAGCGGAAAAUCCUAUGGGCGUUUUUACAAAGAAAAAUCCAACGGAGUUCAUUCCGGGUGGGGGGGGGGGAGAAGCUCCCGUUUCCCCAAAACCACCGUGCGCGCAAAGACUGCAGAUUAACAGCGACAACAGGCCUACAGAAGCGAGCCCCACAGCACCCCAUUCAGUUCAAUGGGACCCCAUUACCAGGGAAAGCGCGCACGGGUCCGCGCAGCUCAAAACCGGCUCGUGCCGUUUGCAGCUCCCGCUGCAAUAUACCCCAAAACCGGAGCUGGGAACCCUCCACCCCCCGGACACGUGCGCCGCCCUAGGGGUGGGAAGCGCACGUGUGAAGCGCCCAGAAGGACCCGGGAGGCGCUCAGAACGUUCAGGACCCGGCCGGCGAGAGGAGAGGAUAAAGGUGGGAGGAGCCUGCGGGGAAAGGAGCCGGCUUGCCGCCCCGCGCGCUGCCUUGUGGGAUGCGUAGUCCCUCUCCGCGGCUCGAGUAGGGGCGCCGGCAGGGAACGCGGACUACAUCUCCCGAAGCACCCCGCGACGGAGGGGAAAAGAAGACUCUGCUGGUGUGGUGGUAAGUGGUAGCGGACUGGGCUGCCCGCGGGUGCCCGCGCAGGCGCAGUGCGACUGAGGAGCCGUUCUGAGGUUCUCGGGCUGCCUAUUGACCCCAGUUGUGGCUCCGGGGCCGCUGAGGGCUGUAGAGGCGCUGUCGCUCAAGCCAGGUAGGAGGGCGGUUAUUCAAAUGGAGGGGGGGCGAUUAUUUAAAUUGGGGAAAUGCCCCCCUCCCCUCACAAGACACUUGAGGAGGGGGGCACGGCUUAAAUGAGGUUUGUUCUCCUCAGAGGUCCUUUUUGGGGGGGGGGGUCAGGGGCUGUUAUGGGGACCUCAGGCGUCGUUUCUGUGAGGGGGGGUUAUAUAUAUAUAUAUAUAAUGGGGGGAGCUGCUCCUGAAGACUUCCCUUCUCUCCACCCUGGACUCUGAACGGAGUUCCUUGUAAGGAAAAGGUGGAGGCUGUUUGGUAUUUUUUUGGGGGGGGGGGUGUUUUGGAAGGUGCGGUGGGGAGAGAAGGAGGACAUUUUGAAAGAGAUCCGCCGGGGAGGCGCCCCUCUCCCCCCCACAAUGCCUUUGACUUUGGGCUGGGGUUUUUUGUUUGUAAUUUAAUUAUGGGAGGGGGCGGCGGCCUAUAAAUGCACGAGACAUUUCGUGCGGGGUGGGGCCAGGAACGGGCAGGAUUGGAAAGGGGACAUACAUAUCUAUCUAUAGAUUUGCAUAUGCAGUCAGAAGAUUAACAGUACCAAAAGGACGGCCUUCCCUCAUUGCUGAUGCAGCAAUGAUUCCAGUAAGAAGUGGAAUCUCAUUUCCUCCUUUCUUUCUUCUCCCCCAAGAAAAAAAACAACAAAAAAAACACCUUCACCUGCCCAUCAUUCCCAGUUUAUUCAGGAGCCUAGAUUCGUUUCUUCCUCUUCGUUUUGCAAACUUGGGCAGUUCCUUGUGCCACCCACGCUCUUCCUCAUCAAGACCUUUGGGGCAGAGCCUUGAAGGGGGCAGUGAAACAGACAUUGCUUUCCUUAAGUGGGGAGGGCAACUGGGGGAAGAGGGCAUUGGGAGUUCUUCUGAAGGGCUGGCUGACCACUUCUGUGCCUGUUUACUUGGGAGGAAGGCCCACCGUGCUCAAUAGUGACAUAGGCUUGCUCUCUAGUAAGUGUGAUUCGGAUUGCGCUCCUUGAAUUUUUGUUUUUAACUUCUUUUUGGAGGCGGGGGGAGCCUAUGAAUGAAUACAGAAAUUGGUGUGGGUGAGAGAGAGAUUAGAAGGUGCAGAGUCAGACCUGGUGUUUUUCCUCUCCUGCCCUACCAGUGGUUUAGGAUACUCCCUCCCUUGCACACUCCUGCAGGACAGCACAUCUUUCUACAAAUCUAGUGACAAAGGACUUUCCUGUUCUCCCUUUUCAUGCAGAAUAAUGAUUUUUCAGUCAUCCAAGUCCUCCCUCUUUCACUUUGCUGUGCUUUUUAAAAGGCAGUCCCUCACCCUCUUCAGGUAUCUGCAUGGAAGUGAAUGGGAUUGUGAAAUGGUCUAUGCAGAGCAGUUUACAGGUUGAGGACCCCUCCCUUGUUUACGCUGCUGCUGCUGCUGUUUUCAGUGGCAGAAAGGAGGCUGUCUAGUGCUGGGUACCUUUCAAGAGACGUAAGGGUUGAGAAACAGAGGAUAGGCGCUGCUGCCGCCGCCCCACAGUUCUAAAAUUAUUUAUUAAAAGUGUUGUUUAAAACAAGAACUGCUUGCUGCUGUUUAUAAAUUGGCCCCACAGAUGGUGCUGCAAACAAAGUAAUGGAUGACCAAGCAUCAGAUCUGGCAGCACAGAGAGAGGAUGCAGAAUCAUCCUCCUGACUACCCAGAAAUUUUAUAAGGGAGUGGUGUUCUGUGGAUGUUUUUUUCUUGGGGGAGGGGGUUCAGUAUAGAUCCCUUGGAACAAGUUAAAUGCAGCUACCCUGAUGAGCUGCAAAUGAAAAGGACAGUUGGAAAAUAGCUUUUCUAAAGAUCUUUAAAUUUAUGUGAAGACUUGUGCAGUUUUUACCAAUGACAAAAAUGAUUAUUUCAUGGCAACAGAGCAAGAUUUGCAGACUCAUGCACUCUGAGGCUGUUUCAUAGAUCUGCUAUGAUGUAUUAAAUUUUUUUGUAAAGACUGCUUUAAAUGCCCUUGGGGUAUCAAAGGCAAUGACACCAGAUCAAGGUGACUUCCCCCCCACCCCAAGGGAUGGCUUUAUAGACAGUUGAUUUGUUGCCAUAACCUUAAAAAAGGGUGAGGAAAGGAAUAUGGACGUCAUUGGGAGGAUGAAAACAUAGUAACAUGAAGGAGUUCCUAUGGAAGGUAUAGUUGCUUACAGCGCGAUCCCAACUAUUUUCUACUUGAAACUAAGACCAAUUGAAUUCUAUGGUGUUUACUCCAUUACAUAAGAUUAGGACUGCAGCCUUAGUGACUAAUACACUGAACUUGCAUUGUUGCUGUAUUAGUUGUACCACAUUUGAGACAGUGUGAGGUGCAUUAAUACAGUGCACUGGCUGUAACUAUUGCAUAGUGUAAGAUAACAUUCAACUGAACUUGCAGAGAAUAACAGCUUGUUUCUGUAUGUGCAUUUCUUCAAAAGUGACAGCAUCUUUUUAUCCUUGCCUUAAAAAUAAACCUGUUUCUUUGAAAGAUUUAUGUGCAAAAAAGAUUCUUAGCUAGUUAUGAGUAACAUAAAAUAGUUUGAGUGGGGUCCUAUAAGAAUAAAGAUUAAACAACAGAUUUCUAAAAGGAAUAUGUUCUUCCCGUUGGGAGGCUUAGAGCGGCUAUUGCUAUAUUUGUGCAAGAGCAAUUACACCUUCCUUGCUGAUAUGGAUAUUCAGUCUGAAAUAGCAACAAUUGUUGUGGAGAUUGGCACCCAUAGACACUGUCCCUGGAAGUACCAUAACUCCUUAUAGACUAGUAUGUUAUAGCUGUGGGCAGAACUGCAAUUUGUUUUUUAUGUUACCAUGAGGCAUAAGCCCUUUUUUGCCACUUUCUGUCUCUAGGAACUUAAAGUAUGUGUUUUGUUGUAGCCAACUUUGUGCCUUGUGCUGCUUAGAAUAGCUGGGUUUCCAUUCUUCCUAAUGCAUAGUUCUGUCCGACAAAAGCUUAGUUUUAUUCAUAUUGCUACAUCUUGUGCUUUUUUCUUUCGGAAACAUGUAGUGAAAUUCAGGAGUGUGUUGAUAGGUCUGUUCAGUCAAAUACAGUAGUCCCUCAUGACCUUUCUGUGCUUGUCAAGAUCAUGGCUGGGUUCUGCAUUUGCAGAUAUCCUGCUGCAUGUUAAGAAUUGUGAAGUGUUUUAGAACAGAUGAUAAAGCUAUCUUCAGGCACAUGGACUCCAAAUGCUGCUUCUGAAACUUGCAUGACAAACUUUUUAGGGAGUAGUGUGUGUGUUUCUCUUUACUUUGACAUCACUGCUGGGGUAGUGCAUGGGAUAUAUAUAUAAUCUGCAGCAAUGUUAGACACUCAGGUAUAUAAUCUAAUUGCCCAAUGGCACCUUAGACCUAGGUUACAGUUGCCACAAUGGAAUGUCUCGGCACCGCCCCCCCCUCCAAAUUCAUGAUGGUGAUGAUUAAUUCCAUUUCUAUACCACUUUAAAUUGUAAAGAACAAAUCUCAAAGCGGUUUACAACACAUUAAAACAUCAAAUAAAACAAUCCAGAAUAAAUCAAAUUCAAGCUUGAAAUAAAAUAUUUCAGAUCCUUCUCAAAGUGACAUUUUGCUUUCCCCAAUCACCAACCUGGCAUUAAGAGAUCUCUGUGUGACAGCAGUUGGACCCGCACCAGUCACAAAAUGUGCCUGGCGCUUGCCUAAUUUCUGACAUGGACCUGCAGGUGGUAACGGAAGGAUAGUAGCAUGGUCAUAUUUUGCUAUAGGAUUCAAAAACUGCGAUCCAAGCUUGUUUAAAACAUCCUUUAAGAAGAUACGGGGCGUGAUGAUUCUAAUGCAAGAUUGCUUUGUCUCUUUUUCCUCCAGAGUUUUCUGUGUGGCAGAUACAUUUGUUAACCCUGGCGUUAACAGAAGGAGAAGAUGAAAGAUAUCGAUCUAGGAAAAGAAUAUGUUAUACCCAGUCCUGGGUAUAGAAAUGUGAGGGAGAGAGGCAGCCCAGGCCAACAUGAAGAACAAGAUGGGCUGAAUUACCAGCAAGACAAACACAAGGUCAGGAGCUGUGAUUUUUGUCUUUUGAGGGGCAGCUUUUGGAACUGCCUAGUUUAGUAGUUUUAAUUUUAUUACGUCAGCUUCAUAUUUAUAAUGAGAACAUAUGAAGAGCCUGUAGAGCUCCGGAGGGUGGCAAUAUGAGAACAGGCUUUCUCUGUGGUGGGUUCCCACUUGUGGAUUGUUCUCCCCAGGUAGGCUCACUUGGCGCUUUUGUUACAUAUGUUUAGGCGCCAGGCAGAAACAUUCCUCUUCUCUCGGGCCUUUGGCUAAUUAAACCCAUCUGUGGCCUUUUAAACUGAUGUGUUUUAUUGGUAAUUUUUGUUACUAUGUUAUGUAUUUUUGUGUUUUUAUAUUGCCAUCUGAUCCUCAGAUGAAGGGUGGUAUAAAAACCACUGAUUUUAUUAAACCACUGAUUUAAUAAAAACAAACAAGCAAACAGAAUUUCACAGUUGCUGUCACAGAAAAUAUUGUGUGCCAGAUUCCAGUAGAUUAUGUGUCAUGCAGUAAAGAGACCUGUGAUGAGGAUACCCUCUCACAGAUCACAGAAUUAUAUAAUUGUUAAAAACUUCCAAGGAAGGAGAGUUCUUGGAUAGUAGAAACUUUCCCUGUUGUCUGCUUGAAUGAAAUUGGUGGUUGUCACUGGCUUAUUUAUAUGCUAUUAUUGGUACUGGUGUAUCCAACUGAUGGAUUUACCUAGUAGAGUCAGAUUUGUGUGGCAGCUGCUUUCAUUAGUUUUCCCAACUCUUGUUACCCAAGAUCUUAAAUGGAGGUGCUGUAGAUCGAACCUUGUAUGUCUUGGUGCUGAUGCUUCAUCACCUGCUUUUUUUAAAGCAAUGCACCCUUCAAAUCAUACAUGCACCUGUGGAAUGUCAACCAGUUUGCUCUUGAUGUGUGGCAGAAGCGGCUUAGUCAUGCUGGCCACAUGACCCGGAAGCUGUAUGCUGGCUCCCUCAGCCAAUAAAGCGAGAUGAGUGCCGCAACUCCAGAGUCGGCCACGACUGGACCUAAUGGUCAGGGGUCUCUUUACCUUUACCUAGGCUGCUUUGAGAUGAGCAUAUUAUUUAGUACCAUGAGGAUUUCAGUGAGUGUGGUUGUCCUUUCAUAUUCAUAAUUAUAAUGGUAAUAGCAAGGGUUUGGAAUCCAUUUGUGUCCCAUGAAGUGUUGAAGUUCUAAUAGGCCUUCUGGUUUCUGGAGGCUGUAUGUAGCCAGGGGAUACUUUUACCUACUGAGGGAUGGGUGAUUUUUUGAGAUCUUCUGUGAAAAGUGCUGGUAAAAUGGAAAAUCCUUCUUCCUGGGGAAACCCAGCCAUAUAGGCAGGGUAUAAAUAAUAAAAUUAUUAAUAAAAUUAUUAAUACUUUUUAGAAAAAAGUUCAUGAUGCAAUCAUAAGAAAACCAAAUUUAACCAGUAAACACUCUUGGCUAAUUGUGAUUUAGGGGUAGUUUAUUCAAUGAGAAGAAUCAGAUUUCAUGCAAACAGUCAUACAUUUCAUAGAUCACACUAUUGACUCUUCAUUGUACACAUUUUAUGAUAUUCUAGCCGUUGCGUUAAAAAAACCCUGUAUUUUAAUUAGGAAAUAGGGUUUUACAUAAAUAAUAAAAUUGCCCCGGAAAUUGUCUGCUGUCAUUCUGCUGCUCUCCCGCUGUUCUUGCAAUGUGUGCAGUCUAGGUUGGGGAAGAAAAUCCAAUUAUUUUUGGAAAGUAUGGGAGGCCUAGUAAUUUUGACAGAGAUGGAUACUUUGCUUUGCAACCAGAUGCAUAAACAACAGCAACAAACCAAUACUCUGGGAAACUUUGGAAAAGGGCAAUGUUAACAGAAAGCCGCUUAUUAUUGCAUAACAUGAUUGGCAUGUUGCGUACCUAGCUUUUACCUUUUACCUUACCUAGUUAUGGCAGCUCUGUGCAUGAGAGUACCUAUUUUUACAUGAUAGAAAAUACUAUACCCAAACACAUUGAGUCUUGUUAGUGGGAGCCCUCCUGCGCCCCAGCUGAGCCAUAGAAAAAGGCUGUGUUGUCCCAGCCUGCUAGGUGCUGGGGUGAAACCGCCUCAGCUCUUGCGGCAAUUUCACCCAGGGCCUUGCAGGCUGAGGCCAAUGCAGCUUGUUUGGCUGGUGAUACACUGCCAUUGUUGUAAACAAAAAUUGCCCUUUUCCCUUAUGGGGUAUUCAAGAGCCCAUAUAGAGUCCUUACAUAGGUUCCCUAUUGGUAGGAGAAGAUAACAGAGGCCAACCAGAGAAUAUUGAGAAGCAAAGCAGCUAGUAAGCUUGAUCUUUAUGGAUCUGUUGCAACAGGGUGCUCCCCUCAACCGCAGGAGAGAGGAGGAACCCAGGAAAAUGGCGCGCAAGGCCUUAUAAAGACUUUUGAAAUCGCCACCCUUUAGAUCAAGACCACCCCCAGAAACAUCCUACAUACAUCACAGAAGGGGUGUAACCUAAGACCACCCCUCAGAUACAUCAUACCUACAUCACAGAAAAGUCGGUCUUAAAACAGAAAUUUGAAUGUUGUUUUUCUCCUGUCGUUGUUUAUCUCCUGUCUGGCAGGUUACUUGAUUGGAUUUCCUGGGCAGCCUGGCCAGUCUUUUGUAAUGAUAAAUACUUAGUUCCUGGGCCAUGUCACAGGCUCACACCCUAUUCAUAUCUUAAAUGUGCCCUUAAGACAGGAUUUGUGAGGAAAGAGACAAUGGGGAGGUUUCCCACUUUGACCUUGCAGAGAAAACAUUUGCUCAGUUUAGGAAUCAAAAUGGUUCCAGGUUGGUCUUCCUGUGCUGAUCUAUGUACAUGCUUGGUUAGUACAUUUAUGAACAUUUCCAUAUAUAUCUAAGACCAUAAAAUUCCUAUCACACCAUGUUGAAAUGCUGAAUAUGUUUGAAAUGUUUGAAGUGUUGAAUAUUGCCCAGCCCUAUAACACUCUUACUGUGAUGUGAACUGAGCCAGGGCUGCAUCUUCUUUUCUGUUGCAUCUGAUGAAGAUGCAGCUCUGUCCCAUGAAAGCUUAUGCUGCAAUAUAUAUGGUGCUUUUGUGCUGCUGCUCCUGCCCCCAAAUGAAGGAAUGUGUUCAAGUGAGUUAAUGGAAAACUCCCCAUGCCCUUGUUUUUUUAAGCAGGUGCCCCAUAAGAGCUUGGAACCUCAAAGACUGCGCUGUGGGCCAUAGUUUCAAGUGCCGUGUCAGCUCUUAGCUUCUCCUUAAUGCUAUAGGCUUCCUGCUGUUGUUUGUGACUCAGCAGAAUAUUGCUCUCAUUGUUAGGGGAAGUUAAAAUGCCUGUGUUCAAAUGCUGGUGGUGACCUUUCACUAAGCUGGUUCCACUGGUAUAAUCCGGAAUCCAAUAGUAGCACUUAACUGGCACAUUUCUGGUGACAACAGUGUUUCUAUAGACAGGCAUCAUUCUCUUUAAACUACAAGGAUUUGAGAGCAUUGCAGCCACUGUAGUCUGAUAGCUCUUCAGAUUAGUUUAUGUCCUAGCUUGGGUUUAUGCAUUGUGUAACAUUCUCAGCAAAGAAGCUUGAAGCAGCUAGGGGUAGUUGCCUGUGGACUGUGCAGCUAAUGUAGCAUAUUUUUAAUGUUCUCUGCUCUCCUUGGAGGCUUCCUUUAUCAUACUCUGGCCAAUUGAACAUGGGUCUGUUAAGUAUCUGCGAACAAUGUUUGUGAAAUUGUGGAGGAAAGAGUUUAAAAAGAAGGUGUCGAAAGCAUGCAUAAUACAAUAUCCAUUUCUGGAUACACACAUCAAGAGAGCUGCAAUUGUGUUGCAAAAAUGGGCUGAGCCAAACAUUUAUCAAAAUCAAAAUUAGGGGGUUGUAUCCAACAGGGCUUGCCCUACUUUCUUCUGUGUCCUCCUCCCUAUUUGCUCCAGAGCGUCUCCCAGCAUUUUGGAGCCAAUUUUGCGGGUGUGUGAGGGCAUCAGAGGAGACUGAGUUUCUUUGGAUUUAAACUGAUCUGGGGCUAUUUUUUACUCCCCUUCAACUAACUGCCUUUCCACUCAACCCAGAAACAGAGAGUUUUGUGGCCCUGUUAAAGUUUAAAAAGUGAAAGGAUUAUCCAGUGGAGUGGGCGGAAAUAUCCUCUUGGAAUCAGCAAUGAAAUUUAUAAAUUUAGCUGGUCUGCUUGUGUCCUUUCCACUUCACAGUGUAGGCUACACAGCCUUUUGUCAUCAUUCAUGCUUGGAAAAAUGUUGGGCCAUGACAGUAUGCUCUCCCACACUUUAUGUUCCUUGUGUUCAGAAUGAUUCACAAGUAGCAUUUUCUUGCCUGAAACAAGACAGGAAAUCAGUCUUGCUAUGACCUGCUGUCAUUCUGGAGUUUUCAUUUGAGCUCUCAAAGUCUGUGCAGCAACAGGAAAAAAGAGGCUAAUCCACAUAAUGAAAUAUUAGAAAAGAGAUUAAAAACAGACAGUAUCAUAAUGCUGUCUUAUAAAUCUGGGGAAUGCUGUCUCUCGAAUGCUGUGUAUACUUCUGAUGGUCCUAAUUAAUUAUGUUGGUUCUAAAUACUGUAUUUCUCACACCUGUCCAUUUUCCAUUGGGGUACCUUAUUACCAAUUUAUUUCCCCUUGAUGUUUGCAGUUCGGUAUAUAAAACUUACAAAGCUAUUCUUAUAGAAUUAUUUUUAUUCCUACCCUCACACAACACUUGACCUUCUGUUUUCAGUUUUCUAUUGUGUUAGACUCUCGAUAAAUAAAACUGCAGCGUGAGAGGCAGCUUCGUGCCCCCCACAUGGCAAUGCCAUAUAAUCACUGGCUUGCCUCUGCUUCAUAGCACUCCUGGAUUGCUCUUACCAAUGCAAUUUCUGUCAUCUGCCUAGCCUCCCCUUCGAAGCUAUCCUGUUAACUCCUUAACAAUAUAUAUCUAAGUUCCUCUUUUCUUGCAGAACUAUUGUUCAUGCCCUCUUCUUUUUGAGGGUGUUUGGUCUGUACUUGCCUUCUCUUUUCUCCUCCCAGCUGUGCCAGGCAGCCACUAGGCGGGUCUUGUUGUUUUCUGUCAUUGCAAUUCAGGCCCCUCCUGUGUCCUUGCAGCCUAGCCUUCAGAUGCCCUUGGUGGACAGAAGGCAUUUCUGCAUCCCAUGGAGUAGACAUGGGAAAUGUUGCAAUAGUGCGCCCUUUCACAUUCUUUCUUUUUAUUUUUUUAAAAACCAAACCCAAAACUUGGCUGUGGCCCUCGUUGAAAAACAAAAGUAUUAAAUUGUCACUUGAAAUAAUGAAGGGCCUUGCUAGAAGGAUAAAAGACAUGUAGAAACAAAGUUGCUGAAGUGAUCAAACUCUUGCUAUUCUUUCCUCCAGGCUACAUGUUUUUUGUAAUUUAUUGCAACUAAGCCUUUUUAACACCUUGCUUGGCAAGGAAGUCCACAAAUCACACAGUGUGAGGAGAGACUGUGCAAGGAACACAUUAUGUAAAUGUGCUGAAUUGAGUAACUAUUUGUGAGAGUUGUAUUCAUAUUUUACAUCAGUGGUUUUAGGGAAGCAUGUUGCUGAAGAACCCUAGAAGCUUUGGUUAUGUUAGGCAAAUAUUUAAACUAGGUUAAAAUGAUGGAGCUUUGCAUAACGAUGUGACAGUCUCUUUACAGCAGCCUUCCUCAACCUGGUGCCCAUCAGAUGUUUUGGGCUGCAACUCUCAUCAGCUCCAGCCAGCAUGGCCAGCAGUUAGACAUGAAGGGAGCUGUAGUUCGAAGCAUCUGGAGGGCAGGAUGUUAUGCUGCAUGAAUGUGUUGCUCUCUGCUGUCUUGACUUCUCAAUAAUUAGAGGACCCAAAUACUCCUAGAGUUGUGAUAAGUUGCGCACCCUGACCCCAACCCCUGAUCUGCGAAGAACAGCCCUGCAUAACAUUAUUGAUUGUUAAAUUUCACUGUGCUUCUGGCAGACGCAUUGCUGUUCUUUUCAUUAUUCUUAACUGCAGGGACAAAUAGUGAGCCAGAAACUUAAUUGUGUGACUGUAGAAGUGCAAAUAAGUUGGUACUUAAUCCAGUUUGGUGAAGCUCCUGCUAAUUCUCUGCAAACAAGGAGUAAAAUGGACUGGAUUCUCUGUACUCUGGCUGAUGAAAACUAAAUAUUCAGAAAAGAUUGUAAUGUUCUCUUUGAGUUGCAUUUCAUUAAAAAAUAUCAGUAGAGCUUUUGGAUUACACAGCUAAGUAAUUCAGGGAGGAAAUGCAAGUUGCUCUUGUGGGCAGCCAAAACUCUGUUCUUAGAGUGUAUUAAGUUAAUUGUAGAAAUAAUGUAAUAAUUAAACAAACAAUGCAUAAUUCAGUCUUGUCAGCAACUAUGAGGGCACUAAAGCGCUAGCUGCAGCUGUACCCUUCCAUAAUGCAGAAUCCUUGUAAAAUAAUUUUUUUAAGAUAGAUUGUGGUUUUUUCCCACCACCAUCCAGAGAUUAUACAUUGCCAUAUAUAUGUAUAUUGUGAGCUGCACUGAACCUCAGCCUUGUGUACUCCCCCCUCCCUGGCUGUGAGGAAGAGAUCAGAACCUUCUAGUUCCAUUUUAGUUUAACUACAGUUUAACAUUGCGUCCAAACACUAAGUUGUUGUUAAUCUUAAUCAAAGUUUGCUAAGACCGUUACUUAAUGGUUUGGAGUUGUCUUCUUUCAGCAAACCAUAAGUUAACGACAGUUUAUGUGGUUCUAGGUGGCAAGAUGUGGGUAAUCUUAAAGGGUGAUGGGGGCAGGGCUAGGAGCAUAUGAGUCCAGGGUUGCAGGUUCUGAAUAUUUUUACGGUGCAAAUACAUGCUUAGGAGGUGCAUGCCAUUUAUACACUUUAAAAUGGAAGAAUUGCAGGGGUAGAUGCUCUUUUUCUGCAUGGUCCCCCACCCGCUCCACCGUGGCUUGAAGACUAAAGGAACACUAUUCAUACCUGCAUUAAUGGCCUGUGACGCCUUGAAGUAAGGAUGAGAAAUGCGCUUGUAGCUGUGUAGUAAUUGUGCAUUAUGCUGUCGUGGCCCAGAAAUGUUUAAGGAUUGAUGUAGUACUUCCAGGUAGAAGAGCUCCUUUACAUUAUUUUAGGCUCUUUUUUAGUUGACUUUGUGACAUGACUGGGGGAAGUAAUUUAUUUUAUUUAUUAAAGUACUGUACAGUCGUACCUUGGAUCUCAUACACCUUGGCUCCUGAACAAAUCGGCUCCCAAACGGUCGAAACCUGGAAGUGAGUGUUCUGGUUUUCGAACGAUUUUCGGAAGCGGAAAGGCCGGAGCAGCUCCUGCAGCCAAUUGGAAACCAUGCCUUGGUUUUCAAAUGGUUCCAGAAGUCGAACAGACUCCCGGAACGCAUGCUGUUCGAGAACCAAGGUACGACUGUAUUUACAUACCACCUAUUUGGGAAUCUCAGGGCAGUUUAGAACAAGAUAAGAAAAUAUACUAACAUUAAAAUACAGUAAAAUAAACAGGCAUACAAUAAAAAUAUUGUUUCACGCCAUCCCAAUCCCCAAGCAUUGUAAGAUUCUGGGGGUUCCAGGUGCUUACCCAGAGUUCAUGUUUUGUUCAGAAUGAGACACAGUGGAGACUUGGUGUCUUUAUGAUAUAUGGUUUAUUUACAGAUAUAUACAACACACAUACACACAUGUAUAUGUACAUAUGUAUAUGCAUAUACGUACGUACACACACACCCCAAGGGAAAAUCCAUACCCACUGCCUUGUGGAACAUCUUUGGGAGAAAAAAACUAAGGAGUAAACCCUACACAGAUCCAUUUUAAUUUGUUGGAAGCUACCCAGAUAGGUUGGGGCAACCCAGUCAGCUGGGUGGCAUAUAAAUAAUGAAUUAUUACUAUUACCGCUACUACUAUUACUGCCACCAGCCUCUGCAGCCACAGCAGGUGUUGUGAUUCUUCAUUGGUUUGGCUUCAGCCCCAGAGGCGCACUCCAUUGUCUCUUGAGACAGGUGAUUGUCAACAAUACAAGCUGAUCCUAUGACUGAGGGGUUCACAGCAUUAACACCCUAAGAGGAUAUUGCUUCUCCCAUCACCACAGCCUUAGAUUCCAGGAGAAGUCAGACAUGGUGCACUCUCUCUAUCUCUCUUUCUCUGUGCCUUUCCAGAUUAUAGCUUUUGCUUCCAGAUCAUAGCUCACAUAAUUCAACAGUCAACUCUGGCCUUUUGUGUUUCUAACUCACAGACAGUUGAGGGAGAGAAGCCCAUGCACUUGCUCUCUGGCAUGGAGCCACUCCCUAUGUUCCCUUAAAGGACCCAUAUUUGGUGAGCCAUUAUCCCAGACCAGGCAAUACAUGGAUUAAUUUAACUAUUGUUGUUGGCAUCAGUCUGUCUUGAAAUACAAUGGAGUGUGCCUCUGGGGGUGAAGUCAGAUUGCUGCAUUAGCAACACCAUAGUGACCUCCCCAGGGCGGCAGCAUGGGCAGUGUGUGUUUGGAGGUCCUGGGCUGCCCAGACAAAAGACCCCUCUCUUGGCUUUGCUGAUGUGUUCCAAAGGAAAGUAGAGCAAUACGUUUGACACCAGCUGGGUUGCAGGAGUUGCAUUUAAGGCAUACAGUGGCACCUCGGGAUGCGAACGGGAUCCAUUCCAGAGCCCCAUUCGCAUCCUGAACAGAACGUAAGACACAACGGUGCGUGCGCGGGUCGCAUUUUGCCACUUCCAUACAUGCGCGUGGCGGCAUUUUGAGCAUUUGCGCAUGCGCAAGAGGCAAAACCCGGAAGUAACGCGCUCUGUUACUUCUGGGUUGCCGCGGAGCGCAACCCGAAAGCGCUCAACCUGAAGCACAUUCAACCCGAGGUAUGACUGUAUAAGGCACUAUCAAACCAUUUUAGGGUUCCUUCACAGAUUAAUAUCUUCAUAGGUUUUCUUUUAAAAAAAACUUCCUAGAAAACCCUGUAAACCAGUUAGAGGUGCUUGCAGCUUUCUCUUAUCUGCGUCAGUCAUUGAAAUGAAAUAUGUACUGUAAUGUAAUUUUUCUUUCCGGAAGCAAUACCUGUUUAGGUUAGCUACAGUUAACCACCUGCACCACCACUUUUCUCUUAUGCAGAGCUACAUCUAUAGAGUAUAGUACGUUAUUGGCUGUUUUAUUUCAUGAGUGCGCGCUCUCUCUCUCUCUCUCUCUCUCUUUUCCCCACCUUCUUAGUACGGUUUCAGAAAAUGAACAGCUAUAAAGGCCUUGUGAUUUUCAAAUCACAUGUAAUAGCUUCAUGUGUGGGAUUAUAGAGGAUGAUAGGAUUUUCAAUUACUGUGUCUCGUGGGAGCUCUGAGGCAAACUGGAGAAGGUUUUUGAAAAGUUAAUCAGGGCUUGAGUAAUUCACUUGAGGCUAUGCUAUUGCAAGUCACAUUUGUGUGUCAACUGGGCUACAAGAUGAAGAUGCAAAAUAACAUCUUCGUUAUGUACUAGAGAGGCUGGUGCUUUGAGCAGAGCAGUGGCCAGGAAAAUUUCAAAUACUUGCCAUGUUGCUGAGUGAUGAUGCAGAGUUAUUCUUCUGAAGAAAAGAAUGGCAUGUUCUGACACCUUAACUCUCUUCAGCUCAAUUUGUAUUCUGUACCACAUAGGUACUAGUCAAAGGUUGUGUCAUACACCACCAAUUGUUUAAUUAUAUAUUGGAGAUUAGAUUAUACUAUUGUUCUGUUAGAUUAUACUGUUAGAUUCUCCUGUCUGUAAAAAGUCAUUAAGUCAUCUGUCUUGUAAGAAAGUAAAAUUAUGAAGCACAUCUUUAAAGUACAUUAUUAAAAAAAGAAUCUGUAAAGUAUUGGGUAUUCUUGUUGCUAGCAGCUUCAUGUGGUAUUUUAGCUUUGUGGCAUUCUUGUAAGUUAAUUAGUGACUUGCCCAAUCCCACUUCAAGAAUCAGUGGACUGGGUUUCCUACAUCCUAACUGAACACUCCUCUCUCUGUCACACGUUUGAUAUCUACAGAUUUCCCUGUUUGAAAAAGUGAGUUUUGAUAAAUUAAAAAAACCUGACAAUUGGUGUUUGCUAUUUAAUUUCAGGAGUGGUAUUCUAGGCCAAGGAACAAUAACAGCUGGACUUAGCUUUGCCUUAUUAAGGGCAUCCUUUGUUGCUAGGCCUAACUUGACUACCUUAAUACAGUAUAGACUAUGUAAUGCAGCUCAUGGUUUGUGAUUGUUUGUGUAGAAAGGAUACAGUUUCUGGGCCUCCAGAGCUUGGUAGUAUAUGCAAUAACUUCUCCUUCCUUUUGAAGAAUAAAUACUUUUUUUCCAAGUUGCAUGCAGGUAGGAAGGAAUUGUUGUUUCUUUAAGAGUCAUGACUUUGACUUUUGUAGGACAAAUGGAUAAAGUUAUGGAAACUUUGGUGCGUACAUAGCAAAUGUCUCUCUCCUAAUGAGCAAUCAGAAUUUCUCCAGAUUGGAGGAUUUGGAAUUGUUUGAGAAAUGAAGUGAAAGCUUUUUGUUAUUUUGAACUCCCUGAUGAAUUGGGGUUGGCACAGAUCAAUGAAAUGGGUUUGCAUGACACAGAAUAUCCUUUUCAAAUUAUCCAAAGCAAGCAAGUUAGAAAUUCAUUUUUGAAAAGCUGCUCUGGGGUGGGUGGAGAAACCACAUUAAUUUGCAGCUUUAACUAAAUGGUGUCGCACCUGUUUCAUCCAGUGUUUUGAAAUUACUAACUUUGGUUUCUAACAGGAUCUUGUGAAAACUAUUCUGGGUGUAUUCACUGGGUGUUGCAAGAAAGAAGCAAAUCAGAUAUAGCAGUGUACCAGAUGAGAACUAUUUUCAUCAGUCAGGAAAGGCAGGCAAGGAAGGAUGGGUCUAUCAGUGGCUAUUAACCAUAACAACAAAAUGGAACUUCAAUUUUCAGACGCAUGCAACAGGAGUGAGUGAGGUCAAGGAAAAAUCCUGGCAGGACGUAUAGAAGUCCUGGCUCCAGCUUGCUGGAAGCACCACAAAAGACCUUGUUUUGUUUCUUAUCCUAGAACUGGCAUUGCCUUUUCUUAAUGCUCUAUAAAUUCUCUAAUAAUAAUAAUAAUAAUAAGUAGUAGUAGUAGUAGUAGUUAUGGUAUCUCCCCCUGGAAAGCUGGAAUUCUGUAGAUUCUACAUAUGCCACUGGAUUAGGUGGUGGAGGGCUGUGUUGUAGCUAUGUAGAUUUCAAUUCCCCAGGCAAUAUGGUGCCCCAUGACUCAGACCCAUAGGAGAAAUGUCGCUUGAGGGAUUAUAUUGCUUGAGGGAUUAUAAUUUAAAUGCAAACAACUGGUGGUCUUCAGAGCAUUUCUCUGAGGGAUAUGAUGCAGUCUGCCAGUCACCAGAUAUUCAGUCAGAGGAGAAGAUAAAAGAUGAUCUGAUGCCAUUCCCUCCAGCAAAGAGCAAUCCUGUGGUUUUCCUAUUGUAGAUGGGAAUGCACUAGCCCCCAUCAAGCAGGGCCAUGGGAUUGCUUGGAAUACAGGAAGCUGACUGAUACAGUUUCAAACCUCUAGCCCAUCUAGUUCAGCAUUGUCAGCACUGACUGGCAGUGCCUAGCCAUGGUUUCUAGAUGGAGUCUUUCCCACUUUUACCUGGAGGUGUCAGAGAUUGAAGUGGGAUAUGCAAAGUAUGUGCUCUGCCAUUCUGCUAGGAUCCUUAAGAUAUGAAAUGGACUGAGGCAGAAAUAAUGCUUUUUAAUCCAAUUUAUUUGCAUUCUAUUUUCUCCUGUCAAGCCGUUUGAAUUCCAAGAUGCAUUGGAAACAGCUGCUCGGGCAGAAGGUCUUCCAUUAGAUGUCCCAACAAAUUCUCACUUGGGCGUAUUGGAUAAGGGCCACCACAGAGGAAAAUAUCACCAUGGCUUGAACUUGAUGAAACCUAUCCGGACUACUUCAAAGUAAGACUUUGUGUAUUAAACUACAGACACAGCUGACAUGAAAAUAGAAGUGUUUACAGGUGAUAGAAGCAUGCUUGUUGGAAAAAUAGCAACUUUGAUUUUAAAAAGUGAGUUCCCACUCAUACAGACAGCUAAGCUUUCUAAGAAAAAGUGGCAGCCACCAUCUUGAAUAAUUAAAUGUCUUAUUUUAUUUCUGAAAGCUGUAGUGUGUUUCAUGCUUUUGGUUUUGUUAUAAUAUCUCUUCUCCUCUAAUUAUAGACAUCGACAUCCAAUAGACAAUGCCGGACUUUUCUCCUAUUUGACAUUCUCUUGGCUUACUCCUCUGGCACGAACAGCCUAUAAGAAAGGAGAACUGUUCACAGAAGAUGUAUGGUCCUUAUCAACCCAUGAGUCAUCAGAGGUUAACUGCAGAAGGUAUGUUUUUGCUAUGUUGUCUCUAAAAAGGUUUGCCUUCCUUGGGAUAGCCUACUGUAAGAUGUUGUGUCAGGUGGUGAUUGAAGGCUGUUCUGACUACUUCUUUCUGGAAAUUUCUCCCAUCUGUUUUCUUUGUCUUUUUCCUCGCCUUCAGAAAUGAACUGAAGACCAUUUUGUGUGUGUGUCCUAAUUAAGGGCUAUGCCAGUGGCUCCCCUUUGGAUCUUCUUCUUUCUCCUUCUUUCUCUAUUAAAUAUUUCCCAUUUAGUUCAUGUUAUUUGAUGUUGAAGAAAAUGGAGAUGAGACUCCUUACAUCUGUAUUUUGUGUUGUUCCAGGCUGGAAAGAUUGUGGCAGCGAGAACUGCAGGAACGUGGGCCAGAUGAUGCCUCUCUCCGAAGGGUCGUAUGGGUCUUCUGUCGCACUAGGCUCAUCAUUUCCAUAGUGUGCUUGAUGGUCACACAACUUGCUGGCUUCAGUGGACCAGUAAGUACUAUCCACCCUUUGUCUAACAUCCAGAGUGGGCUCCAUCCCAUGGCCAGUGCUAAUGUAUUCCAAGUUCUUGCAGAGGAUCUUCGAAAUGUUUUGAUUAGAUAGAAAUAUGCCUUGCAGUUUGCAGAAAAUGAAUAAGUCUUUUCAGAAUGCUACGGGAAUCUUAAAGCUUUCAAACUGUUCUGUGUGUAUGUGGCGGUUUUUAUUGUUUGUACCAGGUGGCUGGAUACGGGAGGGUGAUGAAUUUUGGGAGAAAGCAGCAAAGCAGUCCUUUGUUAGGUCACUUGCUUUGAGUGCUCUCUGCAAGAAAUGGAAUGGAGUGCUGGUACUAAAUCACUUCUUAAGAUCUGUAGGAAACAGGGCUCAGAGGAUUCUCCAGAGCUAGUGUUGUUCGACUUCUUUGAAAAGGCAGUCGGGUAGGUUAUCCUUCUGGUGGCAUGAUUGGAAGACUGUAGCUGCUACUUGUAGGUGGUAAUGAAGAUGGAGCAUGUAGGACUUGACAUUCACAGCAUUUUUUUUUGUCGCCUGUUUGUUGCACGUGCUGUGCAAGAUUUACUCUUUAACAUCUUGACUAAAUCUAUUCUCUACAAAUUUCCCUUGAGGAGUAGGAGCAGUGUUAUUGCUUGUAGUACACAUUUCAGUGUGCUGUUAAGCGGGAUGGUUCAAUGCUUGGGUAAGUACAGCUGAGGUUAAUGUUAAAAACAGUCUUGUCUUUUGUCUCUCUCUUUUUAAAAAUUUCCAAACCCCACGCAUUUUCUUAAAUCUCGAAAGUUUUCUUGUGUUCCUUGUUAAGAAGGGAGUAAGUAGUUUUUCUUGGUUUUCUUUGUUCUGUUUUGUUUGUUAAUAGCUGGUGGUGGAACUUUGAAUCACUUGCAAGUGGCUUUAUUUGAUAAUGCUUUUAAUUGCCAGUAAGAAUGAGGUUUAAUCAGAACAAGCUUCCCCCAAGAAGAGCUUCUGUCAUUGUUUCACUACAGGGCCCUGUGGAUGCUCUUACCUCUAGCAUAGAGUCGGUAGCAGAGUUGUCCCUUAUGUCUUUGGACUACAUGAUUCCAAUCUAUCGAACCCAAACUGCAAGACAGGAAGAAACUGAAUAGAAUAGCUCCCGUUGCUCGGUCCCAGCGCCUGCCAACCUAGCAGUUCGAAAGCACCCCCGGGUGCAAGUAGAUAAAUAGGGACCGCUUACUAGCGGGAAGGUAAACGGCGUUUCCGUGUGCUGCGCUGGCUCUCCAGAUGCAGCUUGUCACGCUGGCCACGUGACCCGGAAGUGUCUUCGGACAGCGCUGGCCCCCGGCCUUUUAAGCGAGAUGGGCGCGCAACCCCAGAGUCUGACACGACUGGCCCGUACGGGCAGGGGUACCUUUACCUUUACCUAAUCUGUGCACAUCCUCCAUUACUCAGUAACCUAUGUUCUCUGAAUGAAGAACUCUAUUAAUUGACUUUGUUGUCUGGAACAAGAGAGGAAUCCUUACUACCUCACUACUUUGAAACCUAAUUGCUGUUCAUGCUGAAAUAUCAGUGUUUUUUGUUUUUAAAUCUUUUCAUGUGAGAGUGGUGCUUGAAAACAGAACACCCAAAUUACCCUUUUGUAUUGCUAAGUAAAGAUGAGCCAUUUUUGCAAAUUGCCAUUCUCAGGAGUAAACAUGGUAUGCUAAUGGGAAGCAGCAGUUCUUAAAAUUCUUAAACAUAGAGGUGUUACUGUCCAUAAGUUCCUUGUAUAUCCAAAUGUGCAAUAGUCUGCCCCCUCCCCCUUUAAAGUAUAUUUUGUAAAAAUUUCUUUCCUGGCACUGUUUUCAGACUCAUGUUAACCCUUCAUCCAGUUGAGACAACAUGGGUUUGUCUAAUGCCUGUAGAGCUCAGAAUGAGAUGUAACUUUUAAAAAUAUGUUCUAUUGUGGGGGCUGCUAAGCAUUUCAUGUUCAGGUUUGCUCAGUCCUGCCAAAGGUAUUAAAUUUGGGUUUGGAUGAUGCUCAGAAGCAGUUUUUACUCUUUGGAAGAACAGCAAAAGUUCCUGCUGCAGUGAAGUGCAGUUUGAGUCCUCAUUUAGUUUUUGAAGAAGGUGUAUUGUGGGGUGUGGGGAGGGGGGUUGGUUGGAACGGGGAGCUAUUUGAGGUAAGCCUCCAACUCUUCCAGUUCAACUCCAGCCACAGCUUCCUUUGUGCUGUAAAAGCUGGAUGCAGCUGGGGGGGAUUUUUCUCUGUAGUGGAACCAAUGACAGAAGCUGUUCUUUAGAAUUUCCAGGAUGGCUGUAUUCUGCGAUCAGAAUGAGACAGUCAAGCUGGGCAGAAUCCAACGCCAAGAUGAAAGGUAAGGUGACGUUUAUUCAUGGGAAUGCUUAAGAUAGUCAGGCAGCUAAGGGCAGCUAUUUCCAUGAUAGUUUUCAGAAGUAAUUUCCCAUACCUCUGCUAGUUUUGGUAGCUAUAAUUUUUGUACAGUUUUAUAUGAUGGUAUUCUCUUCAUUGCUUUAACCAAAAACAAUGUUAUAAGAUUGAAAAUGUUGUCAUUUUCCCUCUUAAUAUUGCUAUAACAACUUCCUUCAAAUCUUAAAAAAGUGUAAGCAACAUUUCUUAUUCUACACUGGAGUUUCUGAUUUCGUGUGCAAUAAAAAGGAACACUCUAAAUUAGAGAAGAAGAGAAUUCCUUCUGAUGUUGCACAUGCUCUGCUAGAGACUUUUUUCCCUGUACCACACCUGUCAGUGUGUUGUAAGGUUUUGGCUCAGGAGUUAUUGGCUCUUCCACUGACUCAGCUGCCUUUGUAGGAUUGAAUGCUAGGAAAGAACCAAAUACCUUCUUGCUUAAGUAACACCAAACCAGCUGCAUAGCCUGCUAUGUCUUGAACAUGAAGGAUGUAAAGCAAGGCCAAUGGAGGAGAAAGCCGGCUUACAUAACCUUGAAACAUGAGCUGUUGCACUUUGAUCAGGAAUUUGUAUAAGGCUCUCUUUUUGUGCUUUUAAUGGUCACUUUGGGAACAUGAUGGACACCUGGCUCUUAACAUGUGCACAUGGAAGUGCAUGGGAGAAAUGCUAUACAGUUGAGUUCUCGAUUAUGACAUUCAGAGUUGACUACCUCAGGACUCACGUGCUUGUUCUGCCUCCAUUUUUUAAUCUGUCACUUGAUGCUGGGCUUUAGCAGCUAUUACCUUUGCUUGAAGCAGUGUGCGUUCGUUUCCCAUCCAUUCUUGUGUUGCACAGAACUCUGAUUUGCAAACCUUAGUUUAGUCAAGAGGACUUCCUGCGGACUCUGAAAGCCUUCCCAAACCGCUGCCUUGGUUUCAGAUUUUUGUGGUUGGCAAAGGUACUUCAGCUCUGAUUAAAGAACCCUAAACACCAGCAUCUGUAGGCAUCGUUGAAAAAGUCCGACUGGGAAGCCUUAUUGUAGUAGAGCUCUGUUAAACCAAUCACGAAAGCCCACCUGGCCUUGGAAGUCUUCCUGACUAGCCGCACAAGUUUCGCUAUUCCUCGGACUUUGUGAACAAAUACUGGCUCUGCUUUUUCAUGUAUCGUUUAAAUUCUGUGUGUACGUGAAGUUUUAACUUGGUUUUGUGUCGGAAGCCAGACUGUAUGUUGGAUUCAGGCCUUGUAUAACUUUUCCUUGUGUGUGCAGAUUUGUAUGUUUUCCACAGCACCUUUCUUUUCUUUUCUUUUGUACAGUGUUUGUGAGAUGUUUUUAUCCAUUUUAAUAUGGUGGUACUUUACAAAAUAAUAAUAAAGUUACUGCUUCCAUUUAUUAGUACUUAAUAUUGCGAUGAACGUGAGUUGUGUACUGCACUGUGCCCCUUGGUCAACACACGCGAUGGGGGACUCGUGCUUUGGUGCUGUUUCCCUCUCUCUUUGCAGGUGGUGUUUGAAAUGUGAUUGCCGAGGUAAAAUUGUUUUUGUCUUUUGAGGGGGGAGGCCGGGGUGGAGUGGGAGAAGGGUUGCGUUUUUUUUUAAAUUGUUGCUAUCGCCUUUUUUAUUUUCUUGCUUGUCCUUUUCUUUACUAUUAAACUGCUGAUGUUUAUUUUCAGGAAUGUUUUGCAAAAUGUCCUUCUCACACUCUUCCCCAGUUCAACUGUAGGUACAUUUGUUCCUUUUUAUCAAAUAAGCACGUUUGAAACAAAGAAAUAAAACAGGUCUUAAUGUCAUGUGUAUAUCUUUUAUUUUUUAUUUUUAAAAAAGAUGUGCUCAGUUUUUGCAUAAGUACAGAUUACUAUAAAGAAUAUGAUGAUGGAUUGCUUUCAGCUAACUGACAGAUUUAUGUUAAGUUAGAUUACCUCAAGGAGCAGGAUUUUCUUAUAAACCAUUGAAAAAUUCCAAAUUAUUUCACUUGCGGAAUUUUAACUUUACUGCUUGUUUUCAGCAUGGAUUAUUUAAUAGCUGUGGUUCCAAAGACUUCCAAUCAACAAUACAUGUUUCUUACUGGAAAUGAAGUAGCUCCUUAUUUCUAACUUAACAUAAAACAAUUAAAUGGUUCCUCUGGCACAUUGAGGUGUUCAUGCAUGUUUGCAUUUCUCCCUGUAGGCCUUUGUUGUGAAACACCUCCUUGAAUACACGCAGCAAACGGAGCCCAAUCUGCAGUACAGCCUCUUGUUAGUUUUUGGCCUCUUAAUGACAGAGAUAGUGCGCUCCUGGUCCUUGGCUUUAACCUGGGCUUUAAAUUACCGCACUGGGGUCAGACUGCGCGGAGCUAUCCUUACCAUGGCUUUUAAGAAAAUACUCAAGCUGAAAAAUAUCAAGGAAAAGUCUUUGGGAGAGGUAAGCUGAAAUGCAUCCUUUUGCCAUUGCAAAAAACAAAAAUACCUGGGGGCGGGUGGUGUGGGGAUGCCCCCACAUACUCAGAGUAACCUGCAGUUCGAGUCAAGCAGAUGCAACCCCCAGCUAGACAGUUAACUCAGGCAAGCAGUUUAUGCAGAGGGCUCUGUGUGUUCCCCUCCAUAGCCUUAACCUGUCCCAAGUGCCUUCUGAUAACAUGCUGUUUAGUCAUUAUCUGAACUAGUCCUGGUUAAAGUAAAGCCAGGAAGAAUAACAAGACUUCUGAAGGUGGGAAGCAAAAAUGAUCCUCUGUGCUUGCUUCAAGGAGUGUUUAUCUGCAAGUGCCUUUGCUCUUGCAUUUCAUCUUAAUUGGCUUGGCGUGGGGUAGGGGCAGACUUACCUGGAAGGCCAGCAUCACCCAUAUGAAUCUCUCCAAGCUAUACGGUUGGCCCUUCCUGGCCAUACAAUUGAUGGAUAUCAAGUGCAGGGCUUCUUCUGCAGUGGUACUCAAAUGUGGAAUUCCCUUGCUGGGGAGUUUUCUUUCCGCACCUUUGGAUCUGAAUAGUCAUUUGGAGUUUCUUUCUUGCCGUAUUGCUCCAUAGCUGCCUUUUAGUGUUCAAUUUUAUUGACUGGUAAUUUUUUUAAAAAACAAAAUGAAUUUUUUAAAAAAUGAUAUUUAUUAAAGUUUCAAAAAAGGUUACAGAAAUAGAAAAAAGAAAAUAGUUUCAUCUAAGGCAGCUAUGCUUACCACUUAAAUGAAUUAAAUUGUUGUACACUGCUUUGAAUGCACAUGUGCAGAAAAGCUACCUGUAAAUAAUAGGAGUUAAAUCUUCUGAGGAUUAUGUGCGUCUCUUCUCCCUGGUCAUCUUUCAUUUCCAUUGUGUUUCAGCUCAUAAACAUGUGUUCUAAUGAUGGACAGAGAAUGUAUGAGGCGACAGCAGUGGGUAGCUUGUUGGCUGGAGGUCCUAUCGUUGCUAUUCUUGGCAUGGUUUAUAACGUCAUCAUACUGGGACCAACAGGUUUUUUGGGAUCAGCAGUCUUCAUUCUCUUCUACCCAGCAAUGGUGAGUAGGUGCCUAUCUGCCUAUGAGCUGAAGGUGUAUUUAGGAAGGAAAGGUCAGAAAGUCUGCUUCAAUCAAAUGUGAUGCAUUUUUUUAUAUGAGUAGCACUUCCUUUGUGUAAAGGAAAAAGCGUGUCAGCUGCAUGUUGGUGGUCGCAUAUGAAGGUCAAACACUGAUCUUCUUUGCUAGAUGAUACACAGAAAUAAGGAUCAAUUACAGUUGUGGUAAAUCUGCAAAGAAGUCAACCACACAAAUAGAUAAGGCUCCCAAUGCUUUUUGAUGAAACUAUUUAGGGAAAUUUCUGUAAAGUCUAAAAACAUACAUUUUUAAAAAAAUACUCCAUGUAAUAUAUUUAGUAAAUACACACUAUAUAAUGUUAAUCAUAUUGCACACAGUACAUCACAUACAAUAUCUUAACAGUGUUUUAAAACUACUACAAUGACUGACAUAUAAAAACGUAACCCAAAAUUGUUUUCUAAAAAAACCCAGUCUUCUGAAUAAUAUUACUGCAUUUAAAAAGUUGUAGCUUUAAGCAAGAGAAAUGAAAUGUGGUUUGUUCGUGGCAGACUUUGUUAUUUCCUUUUAAUGCUCCCUGCCACUUAUCCAGUGUCUGGAUGCUUUCAGAUAGCCUUCCUUCUUGGGCAGCAAGACCCCUAGAGAUGAGAAAACCACCAUUAAGUCACCUUGCACAGCCCUGGUGAACUUCGAUUAAUAUGUGUUGUUUGUUGUUAAAGGUGAUCCUACUGUGUCUGCUCUUGGGUUUUAUGGUGCCUCUUUUCAUUGCAGAUGUUUGCAUCCCGCCUCACAGCUUAUUUCAGAAGGCAGUGUGUGUCUGUAACCGAUGAGCGUGUCCAGAAAAUGAAUGAAGUUCUUAAUUACAUUAAGUUCAUUAAAAUGUAUGCCUGGGUCAAAGCCUUCUCUCAGAAUGUUCAAAGUGAGUGUCAGUUUCCUUUCUCUCCACCUCCCAACAAUUUGGCAAGAAAGAGACCUUGCUAGAUCAUUUAGCACUCUGCUUCGGCUGAAACCUGGUCAUGACACUGGAAACUUCUUUCUCACUGUUGUUGAACUUGUAUGGCUGCUUGUAAUGUGAGAGCCAAUCUGCAUUCAUGCUUGGGAUUGCUAGUCUUAAAAAUGACGCGCUCCAGUGCUGGGCAUUUUAAAACCUAAAACAUAGGCAUAUUAUUUGUCUUUGGUAUUAGUACUUAUCUAUAUCAUCAUUUUGUUCCACGGUAAGUUUAGUUCUGGAACAUAUCUGUGAUGUCAUGACUGAAAGUUCUCUAACUAACAUGGAGAGCUUCAUGCAUGUGCUGCGUGUUCUGCUUGUCUCAUGUGUUUUGCGGUUGUGUUCUCUAUUCUCAGAAAUCAGAGAGGAAGAACGCAAAAUCUUGGAACGCGUUGGAUAUGUCCAGAGCAUCACUGUAGGAGUGGCUCCCAUAGUUGUAGUCAUUGCCAGUGUGGUGACCUUCUCUGUUCAUAUGAUCCUUGGCUAUGAUCUAACAGCGGCUCAGGUAAUGUUAACUUCAGACAUGGGAAUGGGCAGGCUGGGUGGCUGAAAUCAUCCUUUACCUGCUUCUGGUCUGCGACGCUUCUUCCCAUUGCCAUUACAUUGGGUGGAGAGAGCUUUCCUCCACCUUGGUAGUUGAAAAAUCGGGGGUGAACAAAUAAAAGCAAUAAUUACCAACUUUAGAAUCCAACUUCUCCUAUCCUCAAGGGCCUUGACAAAAUUGUCUCCACCUGUCAGUGGAAUGUCAGCAGUGUGGGUGCACAAAGCACUUCAAAGGGGAGGUUAUUUCACAGGGACGGGGCCACCACAGAAAAGGCCCUCACACGCACUUCUCUCUUUCUUCCCCCCCUUCAUUAGGGGCUGGGGCUACAAGCAGGGUUUCUUUUGCUGAUGUUAAUGCUCAAGCAGGCUGAUACAGGAGGAGGCAUCCUUUUAAAUAUUGUGCUAAAAUUAUUCCAUUUGUGUUUCAGGCUUUUACUGUGGUUACAGUAUUCAACUCAAUGACCUUUGCUCUGAAAGUCACACCUUUUUCUGUGAAGUCUCUUUCUGAAGCAUCUGUUGCAGCCGACAGAUUUAAGGUGAGCAGUCGCAACCUUGCUACUUUAGCUCCUUUCAGCCCAAGAAGGGUGUGAUGUAGACAUUAUUGACUUCUCUUGAAAUUGCAAGAUUGGCCAUUUUACUGUAAUAUACUGACUCAAAUCUUAAAGUAUGCACUUACCUCCAUUGUAAAAAGUGAGUGUAGGAUUGCAUCCUUCUUAAGCAUAAGCCUGUUGAGAAACAUGGACAGCAUGUCAUACAUGCAUUUUCAAAUGUGAGGAUUUCAGGCUACUGUAAGGAAUAUAGGUAACCAUAAUAGUUUAUAGUAUCAGUUGGUUGCUUAGAACAGUGACUUUCAAUCUUCAGAAAACCAUAUCUGUUUCUUCUGUGGAAUCCCUGUGAGUUGCAGGAGAUUCUGUGGCUUAUUUUAGGAUGUUCAGUCCUUUGCAGUAGAGAGCUGUCCGGGCUGCUAGACCUCACCAUUGUCCUGUGUGUGUUGAGAGUGCAUAUCAGAACACAGCCAGGAUGCACAUUGCAGCUUGGAUAUACUACACCCUCCCCUUUUUCUCUGGGCUUCUAGGAGUUUUUGGCUGGAGCCCAGCUCUUUCCCCAAAGCCAAAGCCAUUUUACAUAUGUAUGUAUAUAUACAUUUUAUAUGCAUAAAUGGCUCUUGGAUCUUUAAGCUACUGCCACUUGAACAUUCAGAAAUUCCUCAAGCAAGCUAGCGAUUUAGCCCAUUUUAAUCAUUUUUAAUUAUUUGAGAGAGCAGCAGCAGAAUCAUUACAAAAAGAUACAAAGAGGAAUCAACUGAGUUUUGCUCAGAGUAGAGUAGACCUAAUUUAGUAGUCCAGUGCAAUUCCCAUAAUUAUUUCUGGGUAGGAAUUGGUAUCUGAGGGAAAGGUGCAUAUUGUUUGGAAAUAGCGGUUUAACUAACUGGAAACUGCUUGGUUUUCAUUUGAUUUUUCUGUGCUAAACUGUUUGACAGAUGUUGUGGAACCUAAGAAUAUAUGAGUAUAUGGAUGUGGUGGAAAACAUGAUAAAGAGCCUCUGUACUAUCCUCAGAGUUUCUUGUAACUUGUCAAAUUCUUAGGCAACUGAAUUUUGUGCAGGGAAUUCAGCCCCCCCCCGAACACUGGCUAAGAAACAUUUUGCAUCCCUAAGUCUUGUGGGAUUUCUAAUGAGCAAACCUUUCCUCUGCUUCCUCUUGUCACUCUAUGUCAUCCUCCAAACCCUGAAAUGCAAGAUGAAUGGGGGGGACGGACGGACGAUAUUGAACCUAACCAUAUUUGUGUCCAGAGAAUGGUGACUCUCUCUGCAGAAGACUCUCUGUCUGAGAACCGCCACAUUCAUGGCUAGCCAGGCCCUUUUGUGGACCUGGAGUUAGUUUUCACUAAUGAGCUACCUUUUGCUCUUCAGCUUCCUUCCACUGUAUAGCCUGAUGUGUGUUGCUGCGUGAGUGUGCCGUAGGCUUGUCCCCUUCCAGUCUUGACCAGGUGUCUCAUCUUUGCACCUCUCUCACAACUCCUAUCAGAGUUUGUUUCUAAUGGAAGAGGUUCAUAUGGUAAGGAAAAAACCAGCCAACCCACACACCGCCAUAGAGGUGAAAAAUGCCACCUUGGCAUGGGAAUCCUCCCAUGCCAGUGUCCAGAGCUCCCCAAAGAUGACUCCUAAAAUGAAAAAAGACAAGAAAGAGAAGGGCAAGAAAGAGAAGAUGAAGUUGCAGCAACGCGAGGGACAGCAGGCGAUGCUAGCUGAGCAGAAGGGUCAACUCUUAGUGGACAGCGACGACCCGCCAAGCCCGGAGGAGGAGAACAAAAAUGUCCAUCUAGCAAGUGUCCGGCUGCAGAGGGUUCUUUACAAUGUUGACCUGGAAAUCGAGAAGGUGAGGAAUCAAAAGUCUCUCUCCUUUGCAUCAGAACUUAAAAGGCUGUGUUUUGUGUUUGCGGCAAAUACAGUUUCAGUACAUCAGUGCAAUAAUACACGUAUUAAGUCAUGAAAAGAGGGUCAGGCAUGCUACAGAGCUGUGACCUACUAUAUAGCCCCACAGGAAGGGUCCAUGUGAGUGCUCCUAUAGGUUUUCACACAUAAACACCAGUGCUGUGUAUAAUAAGCGAAAGGCUAAAGUGACUUCCCUUCAACACAGUGUGGAGCCAGUGGCAUAGUGGUUAAGGUGUUAGACCUAGGACCCGGGAGACCAGGGUUCAAAUCCUCACUUGGCCAUGAAGCUGACUGGGUGACCUUAGGCCAGCCGCUCACUCUCAGCCUAACCUACCUCACAGGGGUUGUUGUGAGGAUAAAAUGGGGAGGAGGGGAACUAGAUGUGCCACCCUGAACUUAUUGAAGGAAAGGUGGAAUAUAAGUGUAUCUAAAUAAAAAUUUAAAAUGCAAAAACUGAUGCUGCAGUCCUGUGUAUGCUUACAUGGGAGUAAUCACCAAUGUGCAUAGAAUUGUGCUGGUCGUUGCUUUGAGUUUACUAUAGUUUUAGUUUUGUGGAAGUUGUUUUGUGGCAAGUAAGUCCAGAAGAUAUUGGCAACUUCCUGGCAAGGGAACUGAUGUGAGACUAAAAAUACUAAUGCUGAGGGCAGCCUUCUCCGGUACUACAGAUUUCUUGCCUCCUUCCCUCCCCCCCUCCCAAUUGUAUAAUCUAAUAUUGCCAGUGAUUCCUCUCCCCACCCCUUGCACUUGUUAAGAUUGCUUCCUGCCAUGAAAUACUAUUUCUGUUAGAAUAACAUUUCUUUUUACGGUCUAAUCUAGGGGAAACUUGUUGGCAUUUGUGGCAGCGUGGGGAGUGGGAAAACCUCGUUCAUUUCAGCCAUUUUAGGGCAGGUGAGAAACAAUCUCAUGUUUUCUUAUUUUUUCACACUGUCUGUUUUGCUGGCUCUGUUUGCAUUCUGCCUGUGAGAGGAGCACAAUAUCUGUGCCACCAGCAGUUGCAUUUUGCUCAAUGUACCUUUAGUCCACCUUUAUCAGACCUCAGACUUGGAUCAUAAACAACAAGUGAGGCAUGCUUAAGAUCUUAAAAAGUUUUAAAUAGCUAUGCAUGCUGAACUUGAAACAAGCUAUGCUUUUUUUGUGCUUGAGAGGUUGAGCAGGGCAGGGGGGGAGUAUAAGAGGAAAGGAAGGAGGGAAAACCUUUCCCAUACAGAUGUGGAAUGGUAUCAUUUCUCGACUUUCUUCUGCUUGUUUCAGAUGACUCUGCUGGAAGGCAGCAUUUCUGUGGAUGGAACAUUUGCUUACGCAGCCCAGCAGGCCUGGAUUCUCAAUGCAACACUUAGAGACAAUAUCCUCUUUGGGAAGGAGUUUGAAGAAGAAAGGUUUGUAAGCUGUAGUGAUAUACUGACAAAUUGCAAGUGCUCAGUCUGGUCCAGCUUGGUGUGUGUUUAAAAAAAGAUACUCCAUAUGUCCCUUUAUUUCCGUACUAUCAUUGCAUGCCUUCUGAAGCAGUUUUGUAAUAUGUACUGCCUGCCUUAGUCUGAUUAAAAGUUUGCAAUUUCUGGCCUUUGGUUUCUUUGGUAUAUUUGCUCCUUUUCUAAUUUUUCAUAGCUCCUUUUCAGUCCUUCCUUCCUCUGUUGCAGCUAACACCAUACCUGGAAAUGUUGCUGUUCACUGCUUUUUAAAAAUGUGUUUUUUCCAGGUAUAACACUGUGCUGAAUGACUGCUGUCUCAGACCUGAUCUGGCUAUCCUACCUAACGGAGACUUGACAGAGGUAGGAAUCUUGUUAGGCAGCCACUCUCCCAGGGCAAACAGCUCACUAUAAGGCCAGGCACUCUCACACACCUCAUUUUGGUGUACUGGUCUGUUGGCCAUGUCAUGUUCUCUUUCUGCCUUUGACUGUACUUACUUCCCAGGAUUCACAAGCCCAGUGAGCUAUAGCAGUUAGGUGGUUUGGCUCAAAUGUGGAGGAAACGUAGUGCAGGCCUUUGUUGUUUUUGGGCCAAUAAACACUGAUUCCCAUCUUGCUGGGCUAUCGUGCAACUUCUCUGAGGUCUUUGGAAGAAGGACAGGAUAUAAAUGUAAUGUUUCAUCUUAAGUGAUAAAAAAGGAGAUCCUUUAACAAAGCAUCUUUAACUUAGAUUGGUGAACGAGGUGCAAACCUGAGUGGGGGGCAGCGCCAGAGAAUCAGCCUCGCUCGAGCUCUGUACAGCGACAAGGACAUUUACAUCCUUGAUGACCCUCUCAGCGCCUUGGAUGCCCAUGUUGGAAACCACAUAUUCAACAGUGCAAUACGGAAGCACAUGAAGUCAAAAACAGUUCUCUUUAUCACCCACCAGCUGCAGGUACACUUGUGGUUCUACCCUCAGCCUCUCCAUCAGUUUGACGUGGGAAAAGUAAGUUUGGAUGAGGGUAGAUGCCGCUGUUGAGAGUAGCUGUUAAUCUGUAUAGCCCAAAUUGCUGAUCGCUCCACAGAGGGGAAAGGUAAGAGGCAUCUUCACUAUCCUAAGUGUAAGCGCAGAGGGGAAGGCAGCCAAGGGAGUCUGCAGAGAAACACCAAGGAAAUGCAUCCAGAAUUAAAUAACUGCAGCCACACGCACAGUACACCUGGUGGUUAAUGUGCAGAAUAAGGAAAUGAGGCUGCAGCAGUUGGGUUUUCAAGUUUGGAAAAAUCUAGUGGAUCAUAAAACAGGGAUGGGCAUUUUAGACAGAAAUAAACUGCUUUCAAAAAAAACAGUAACGAUGUUCUUCAGUAAAGCUGACUAGACACAGUUUCAGGAUAAACAGAUGGAAGUACUCUUUGGUGUAAUUGUAAUUAAACCUAUAUUAUUGGGCUAGUUGCUUCAUGGUAUUGUGAUAACCCAUUAACAUCAGGGAGGGGGAAAUGAAAAAGGAAUUUGGGCAUAGCAACCUCACACAGUAAUAAUUCUCUCCCUGUGUUUGGCCUUGUAGUAUCUUGUGGAUUGUGACGAAGUGAUCUUCAUGAAAGAGGGUUGUGUCACUGAGAGGGGAAGCCAUGAGGAUCUGAUGAAUUUGAAUGGUGACUAUGCAACCAUUUUUAAUAACCUGCAACUGGGAGAGACUCCACACAUUGAGGUAUCUGUUACUACCUUUUCUUAUGCUUGCAAGCCAUUUGUUGCAGCUCUCAUGGAAAGUGACUAGUCAUUGGUUUUUUUCUUGUGGAUAGAGGAAGUUUCUGCUGAGAACCGUCUCUGCAAUUAUCUUGGUUGAAUGUGCUGUUUCGGAGUUAAAAUAGGUUGUGUCCAAUUCCCCCCAUUUGUUUCCCCCCCAGAUUAAUUUAAAGAAAACCACAAACAAUUCAUUGAAAAGGCACCCAGAUAAAGGCACUAAAACAGGAUCUGUGAAGAAAGAGAAAGCAGUCAAGAAGGAAGAAGGUACCGUUUUCCACCCAGAAAUGCAUGCAAACUUACUUCUGCUCAAAUGGAACUCUGGCUUAAAGUGAUCUAGUCCAUGAGUGUAUUCUGUUUGGAUUUAGUACAUUCCAGAUGGUUUUCAAUACAGCUGACAGCCUGGUUUAGGUGUGGAUGACCCAUCUUGCCCUUUGGCAUUUGAAGCUUUAAGUUCUUGUGUGCCACAGAGAUGCUGGUUAAUCAUUAAACUUGCAUUGAGUGAUGUGAGGGUCUGAAUACUGAUAGGGGUUGUCUUUAUAUGAGAGAACCUAGAGCAGAACUUAAUUCUGACCCACUAAUAAUUUCAAUCUAUUUGUUUUCUAAAACUAUAUGCCAUGCAUAGAUAGGGAAAUCUGUAUAAGGAGGAUGCUGAAACAUUCACAGUACAGAUAGCAGUCUCUGGGUCUUGCCUUGUUAGUCUGCUCACUUCUUGCUUCUCUGUCUGUCUGUGUGUUUUAGGUCAACUCAUGCAGCUGGAAGAGAAAGGCAAAGGUUCUGUCCCUUGGUCAGUUUACGGCGUCUAUAUCCAAGCAGCUGGAGGCCCCAUUGCUUUUAUCAUCAUCAUGGCUCUCUUUAUAUUGAAUGUGGGCAGCACUGCAUUCAGCAAUUGGUGGCUGAGUUACUGGAUCAAGCAAGGCAGUGGGGUAAGAGCCAACAAUAUAUUUGAUUUGCUAGUGGAUUAAGAAGAGAUUGUCUUCAUGGGAUCACAUGGUCUCUGCAGUCCUUUUAGCUGUAAAUGCCAGGCUAGAUUCUGCAAGGCAUGUGCUCUCCCACAGAACUACAGGCCCACCUGCAAAUCCUCCCAUAACAAGAGUGAGAACCAGCCAGACAGCAGCUUUGCUAAAACACCAUCCUGUCAGUCAGUGGAUCACAAAUACCUGUCGUUUAUAAAGUGUUUCCAGACAUUCUGAGUGCUUUACAUACAUCGUCUUGUUGCAGUACAGUCAUACCUCGGUUGUUGAAUGCAAUCCGUUCCAUAAUCCCGUUCGGCUUCUGAAAUGUUUCACAACUGAAGUGCGGCUUCCAAUUGGUUGCAAGAGCUUCCUUCACUCAAGUGGAAGCUGAGUCGGACAAUCGGCUUCCAAAAAAUGUUCUAAAACUGGAGCAUUUACUUCUGGGUUUUUGGCGUUUGAGAGCCAAAACGUUCCAAAAUGGAGGAGUUCGGGAGCCGAGGUUUGAUUGUACUUAACUCUUGUAGGGUAGGUCAAUAUUAUUAUACCCACAUGGCCUUGUAGGUUGUUGAAAUUUACAAGAAGAAGAAAGUAAGCUCUUUGGGAGACGGGGUAGUUAAAGCUUAUAGCAAUCAUAUGCAAAAUGAGCUUAGAGAGCUAGUAAUCAAAAUUGUUAAUAACUAUUUCUAGGGAGGCUUUGAUACUGGAGCAGAACCAGGUGGCUGAGAGACAGCGUCUGUUGGUCCAGUAUCUAGAAAGAGCUAGGAUAAAGAAUGGAGAAUGACAGAUCUGUAAGUGCAAUAAUGUAUACAAGGGAAAGUUUUUUUCCAAGAUAAUUGUCAGCCAAAGUAACUUCAUCUCAGAGGGAACGUGGCCUUAUAUUGUUGCAAGAACAAACUUGUGAGCCUGAUUUGAUGGUUUAAUUAAAUAAUUGCUUUGACGUUAAAGUGCAUAUUUAGCCGUAUUAUCCUAGACUUCCAGAAGGACUCUAAAAAUUCCACCAGCAGAGUUUCAUUCGUAGAAAUAUAGAAAUUCAAGGCUAAUACAAAGUUUGGUCAACUGACUGUGAAACAGGGCAGAUCUAUAUACUGUGUAUGUUCUUGAUUUUUAAUAGAACACUACUCUCAUGUUGGGAAAUGAAACGGUUGUGAGCAGCAGUAUGAAGGACAACCCACAUAUGCAUUACUACGCUGGCAUCUAUGCGCUCUCAAUGGGUAUCAUGCUGAUUCUGAAGGUUGUGCGUGGCGUCGUCUUUGUCAAGGUAUGUGUAUGUCUCCAGAGGCAGGAACAGAAUGGCUUCUUUUUUCGUUUUGUGCAGCAGAGCCCAAUGGCCAGGUUUACUGAGGUGAGCCAGCUUUGUGUCAUAUCGCAGAGGAAUAUUCCUUCAUUUCCCUUUGGUACCUGCCUGUCAACCCGUGAUGUGUCAGGUGACUCAGAUUCAAGGGAAAGAAUUGGAAGCACACUCAUACUGGGCUACAAAUGGAGAUCCCUGCUGAAAAUGGGAUUUGCAGCCACAGCUGAUUGGUGCUGGGCUGCCAAAUCUGCUUUCGGCUGGGUUUCAUUCCACUCUGGAGUUCCUGAGCCCAGGGGAUUCCAGCAGGGUUUGUAGCCACCAUUAAUCUGCUCCAACUGCCAACCUGACUUUGUCCAGGAUUGCCUGUGCUUGGGAGCUGGUCUUGAGUGCAGCAAGCAGUCCCAGCAAGGUUGACAUUUGGUGCAAGAUUUAAAGAGUACUGAAUACAACCCCCACUUUCCAAGGAAACAUUGGGUGCAUCCUUUAAGGUUCCCAGUUGUUCAUUUUCAGCUGCAUCUGCACCUGAUUUUGCAUACAAUGUCAGGUGUGGAGCAGGUGACUUGGGGAAAAUAGACUUGCAAGCCAAAUGAGAACCCUGUUUGGCUUACCCAUGGACUGAAGAGUCUCCCUCUCCCCCUCUGCCCAGCUGCCACCACCCUAGUUUGAAUCAUCCCAGAUAUCAAUUAGAAAGCAUUCCCAGGGCUCUCUGCACAGUCUGCUUUUUCUUUUGGAACCUUCGCUUCUUGCAUUGUGAGGAAGGAAAGGAGGGAUGCUUCCUUGUGGUUGCAAUAGCCUAGCUGCUUCUUUUGAAAGGAGCUGGUGGGAAAGAUACUGAGAGAUGUUCUGUGAAUCUCCAUUUUGAAGCCUAUCAGCCAGGGAUGGGAAUCUGUCCUUCCAGAUGUUGUUGGACCAACUCCCAUGAGCCCCAGGCAGGUCAGGGAUGCUGGGAGUUCAACAACGUCUGAAGAGCUGUAGGUUCUUCAGCCUAGUUUUAAGUGCAUAUACCAGAUAUUUUUGUCUAAUUCCAUAAACCUCCUUUAUUUUCAUUGCAGGGGACAUUGCGAGCCUCCUCCAGGCUCCAUGAUGAGCUCUUCCGACGGAUUCUUCGCAGCCCUAUGAAAUUUUUUGAUACAACUCCUGCAGGGCGAAUUCUUAAUAGGUUCUCCAAAGACAUGGAUGAAGGUAAUUGGUCUCUGUUAAUGACCUAUACUUGGUCUCUGUAAGUGACCUGUUCGGACUAACUGGUAACUCUGGAAAGGAUCUGUUUCUGCCAGGGCUACCUUUUCUGGUGGCAAGCUUUCUAUGCGUAGGUUCUUUUUUAAAAAAAUUGGCUGACAUUCAAGCAUGUAACCCAUACCCAUGUGGAAAAUAAAUAUACAAGAAUAACUGCCAAUUGGAAGUGGUGUGGUUCCAAUAAGACUGUACCACAUCCUUUUUUUUAGCAUGUUGAAACAUCCUGCCCCCCCCCGCCAGAUGUUAUGGAAACUUUAAAAAAUGCAUGUAAAAUAUGAAACGUAUCUAUGACUGGUGGGGCAGAGUAAUUUCUUUUAUUCAUUUGUCAAAUUUAUACCCCACUCUCUGCCUCCCAAAGCAGCCCAGGGAAAGUCCUUACUGACUUCUUCUAGUAUGAAAACUAGUGAGGUUUUUAAAAUUAUUUUUUAUUAAAUUUUCAAUUUUGCAAUUCCAAAUAAACAUUUUACAAACGUUAAAAUAUCCAGUGACUUCCCUUCUUCUCUUUCCAUGGUUCAUUUUGCAUAUACAUCCCUGCAUAUUUUACUAUAACCAUUCAAAUCAGUUUUCCACUUUUACAUCCAUCAAUUUUUUUUUUACUCUAUUGAAUUUAUCUUAAUGCUGCAAGCGUUUUCAGCUGUAAACAGUUAUUUUCCAUAUAUUCCAUAUAUAUAUAGCAAGGUGUUUUUUUUCAAAUGCAUAUAGAUGAAAGGGGAGAGCAUUGCUCCAAAUGAAGAUGUGGGUCAGGGUUUUUCCUAAAGUGGCAGGUUGGUAUUUCUGUAGCUGAACAAGCCUGGUUGUAGACAUGGUGAAGAUGUGGGUCAGGGUUUUUCCUAAAGUGGCAGGUUGGUAUUUCUGUAGCUGAAGAAGCCUGGUUGUAGACAUGGUGACAGCCAGAAUUAGAGUUCUGGAUAGAUAUGGCCUGGGUUGGAAGAAUAUGGUGGUAAGUUUCUGUUUCCUGGGUAGAAGUGAGACCUGAAUUUCUGAAGGACAGCUUUUACCAGAUCAGAACUCUUUUUGUGUUCAGUCUCCUAUGUGAAGACUGCCAUCUCCGUCUAUUUUUUUCCAGUUGAUGUUCGCCUGCCAUUUCAAGCGGAAAUGUUCAUACAGAACGUCAUCCUGGUGUUCUUCUGUGUGGGAGUGAUCUCUGGUGUCUUUCCAUGGUUCCUGAUGGCAGUUGGGCCCCUUGUCGUCCUUUUUAUAGUGCUGCAUGUUGUAUCGAGGUAAACACAACCGUUGUUCAGGGAUUCUGCAGUCAUGUUCCCCCAGACAGGUGACACAAGUAGUUUGCAGGGCCAGAUAUCUCGCCCUUCCAAUUGAUUCUUUUCUUUCUGCAGAGUCUUCAUUCGGGAGCUGAAGCGUCUGGACAACAUUACACAGUCCCCGUUCCUCUCGCACAUCACAUCAAGCAUUCAAGGCCUUUCUACAAUCCAUGCCUACAAUAAAGGGCAGGAGUUUCUGCGCAGGUUAUUGCUCUACUUCUCUGAAACACAGUAUUUGCAUGUUACUGGACUCUAUAUAUACUGACUGCUGUCAUUUGACUGCAGUCAAUUUUUGGUGAAAUUUCUCUGCAUUUAAAACAAAGGUAAGCUACCUAGAAUCCUACUAAUAUUUCUCAUCAUUUUCCUUUUAGAUAUCAAGAACUGCUGGAUGACAAUCAAUCACCCUUCUACUUGUUCAGCUGUGCAAUGCGCUGGCUCGCUGUCAGACUGGAUAUUGUCAGCAUUGCCCUCAUUACGACCACUGGCCUAAUGAUUGUUCUCAUGCACGGCCAGAUCUCGCCUGCCUAUGCUGGGCUGGCCAUCUCCUAUGCUGUUCAGGUAAUGGCUUCCCUUCUGAAGUUUUCAAAAUUGCAUUUGAAUCUUUGAACUCCAGAUGUAAGUAGAAACGCCAUUCUUGUGCAGUAGCAAAAAUAUAUUGUUUGACCAUAUCUAUAAUAAAAGCUAAAAACGAGUUACCCUGCUUUGCCUCUCUGUCUGAGCCCACAGCCAUUGGCUGGAUUGCUGUGAUAUUACAUAAUACCAUGGAGCUUUUUCCCCCUUUUUUGCAUUUAUGUUAAGGGUGACUCAGAAAUCACAAUUAAUUCAGAAUUCGGCUGCAAGACUGGUGACUGGGAGUGGCCACCGGGACCAUAUAACACCGGUCCUUAAAGAUCUACGUUGGCUCCCAGUAUGUUUCCAAGCACAAUUCAAAGUGUUGGUGCUGGCCUUUAAAGCCCUAAAUGGCCUCAGCCCAGUAUACCUGAAGGAGCAUCUCCACCCACAUCGUUCAGCCUGGACACUGAGGUCCACCUCCAAGGGCCUUCUGGCGGUUCCCUCGCUGCGAGGUUACAGGGAACCAGGCAGAGGGCCUUCUUGGUAGUGGCGCCUGCCCUGUGGAAUGGCCUCCCAUCAGAUGUCAAGGAAAUAAACAACCAUCUGACUUUUACAAGACAUCUGAAGGCAGCCCAGAAUAAGGAAAUCAUUAAUGUUUGAUGUUUACUUGGAAAGCUAAAUUCACAAAUAAUUCCAGGGGAAGAAGAUUCAAAUGAAGAUGAGAAAUCAUAACCACUAGUCUGUGUUCAGAAGCUGUUUUUAAUUUUUAAAAGUAAAUAGUGUUUUUCAUUUUAAAAUACCAUUAUAUUUGGAUAGAAAACCAACAUUUGUGGUCAAUUAAUUCAAUAGGCUACCAACACAGACUCUUAUUACCUACAGAUUAAUAGGACAACAGGAGGAAAGAGUAGGAAUCUAGAAUGAAAUUGCUAUCUUUGAUGUUUCAAAUCACUUUCUUUAGGUUAAAUCUAAGAGCCUCUUCUCAUGUUGUUCUUCUACUGUUCUGGCAAUAGUUCAGAUUCCAUAUUGGUUCCUUGCAUAUCACUACUCAGACUAAUUUAAAAUGUUUAUCACCAGUCCUGAGAAGCAUUCUCUUUUAAAAUGCAUUUAUUUUUUAAAGAUAACAUCCUUGUCUGUUUUGUCAUCAGCUCACAGGGUUGUUCCAGUUCACAGUCAGACUAGCUUCAGAGACAGAGGCCCGCUUCACCUCAGUGGAGAGGAUUGACCAUUAUAUCAAGGUACUCAAAAUAUUUUUCUAUUGCUUUUACUGGUCUUAGAUGACCUCUCUAUAGAAAAGUCCCUUCAGCCAUUUAGCUGUGCUCUAUACUGGCUUAAUUUUUACAUGUAUGUAUAUAACACUUUGUCUUGAUUUAUUCUGUAUCAUUUGACUGCAUUAAUUUUCAUCUCUUUUAGGAAAUUUCAUUAAGAAGCAUUAAUGAAAAAUAUAUUUUUAAACUUGGCUUAAUUUGACACGUUGUGACAUGAGCUUAACCUUGUGGGUGGCAUGAUCAUAAAAAUGUGGAGGAUUGUUGUUUAAAUGAAAUCACUUUACUCUGCACUGUGUUGGCACAGUGUAACUCUCGUACAAUAUUGGCAAUUGAAUUCCAGGAAGAACACUUGUCAAAAUAAAGAAAGAAGGAAUGUUCUGAGUUGUGAGGUUCCUUCUGUUCGUGAAGGGGAUGAGAUCUUGUGAUGGUGACUUUUCCCAUCCAUUUCAGGAAGUGUCUGAAAUCUCCACUGGGAGGAGGCACCCCCUCAGUUUUGGGGGCUGUCAGAGCUGAAUAUCAGUUCAUCUGCUCUCAAAAAUAAAGUUUGGUAAUACAGCAGCAAUACUCAACAGAGAGCUGAGAAAAGGGUUUGACAGAAGGUCACCUCUGUGUCCUAGAUUUAUUUCCUGCAUUGCCAAUAUUUAUCCCCAAAAGUUUAUGUAGUCAUAAUCCAUACAGCUUAUGCAAUGAGGAGGGUGAGAGAGAAUUCUCUGAGAAACCGAUACCUUGGGCAAUAGCUGUAACUGAGACAGCUCUUUGCUCCAGAAGCUUCUGACACUUUUGUUCCCAAACUGGAUGUAAGAGGAGCUGUCCCAUCAUUAUGGGGUAUUUUGCUUCCAUGACUGAGGAUUUGAGGGAAAGAGUGCCUUGAUCCCAGUAAAAAUGCUUCGAGGUCAGGAGCCGCACCACCUCUCCCAUGCAUGAUGUGUCAGUUUCUGUUGAAUCUUGCUUGUGUUGAAGAGUCAGUUACCAGCUGUAGUCUCUUAUGAGAACGUAUUCCUGGGGCCACUGUUCUCAGCUGACACCUGACCUCUUUUUUUUUUUUUAACCUCUGCAACUUUCUAAGACUCUUUCUCUGGAGGCUCCAGCUCGGAUUAAGAACAAGGCUCCCCCUCCAGACUGGCCCCAGGAAGGAGAAGUCAUCUUCGAAAAUGCAGAAAUGCGGUAUCGGGAGAACUUGCCGCUUGUCCUCAAGAAAGUGUCCUUCACCAUCAAACCCAAGGAAAAGAUUGGCAUUGUGGGAAGGACAGGGUCAGGUAAGGACAUAUCUAGGCAACACUCCAGGAAGCUGAAAUCCAGCCCUAUGUAUCUUAGUGAAAAUGCUGCCAUCAGCAAUGAAAGCUGACUGGAGCCACCUAGUGGCUUAUGUGUCUUGUUAUUUCUGAAGAACACGCUGCACAUUGGCAACUAUAUGCACCUGCACAAUUGACACACCCACUACAAUAAAACUUAAUGGUUUGGCUUCAUUUAGUCCCGUUGGCCCAAUCCUGCGGAAUGUUCUGCCAGGAGAGAUUCAGCAGGCACCUUCUGUGCCAACUUCUAAACGCCUUUUGAAAACCUUUCAUUUCUGCCAGGCAGUAAAGAGCACAUCCUUCCAAAAUGGUUUGCUGAUGUUUCUUUUUCUCUUUCUAAUGCUUUUAUUGUAUGUUUGUAUUGUUUUAAAUGACUUGGAUAUAUAUUAGGAUAUAGCAGUAUAGAAUUUUUUUUUUUAUAAAUAAAUACAGUGGUACCUUGUGUUAUGUACCGUCCCCCUUACGAUUGCUGCGGGUUACGUGCUCUGCUAACCCAGAAGUAGAUGCCCCUUGUUGCAACCUUUGCCCCGGGAUGCGAGCGGAAGUCGCGCUCCAGUGGCGCUGCAGCAGCAGGAGGCGCCAUUAGAGAAAGCGCGCCUCAUGUUACGAGCGGUUUCCUGUUGCGAAUGGACCUCCGGAACGGAUUAAGUAUGUAACUCAAGGUACCACUGUAUAAAUAAAUUGAGUGUCUUCUGGGUUCCUCCCAGGAAUAUGGCUUUUUCUCUGGUCAGAGUUGUUUUUAUUAUAGUCUUUUGGGUCCAUCACUCUCAGAAUUGCAGUCAGAGGUGGUUGUAGAACCUGCAUUUUAUUAUUCUCCUCUCUUUGUCCCAUUUCACUUUUAUAUAUCUAUUGAAUUAUAAGCCAUCAUGUUAAGCUGUGAACUGCUUGAAAGGUGGAAUCUAAAUUUAUUAGGCAAAUUUAAAAAAGUAACUCUGGCUGCUAAAAGGCUGACAUGGCACCUCUAAUUUUAACCAUUCAUGGAGUGAGUUUUUAAUGUAUUUGCUUCUGUCUGUUGUCUGGACUUGGACCGUGACACUGUGUUACAGAAGUCACCAGUUAACCCUUAAUUCCUCCUUGCUUUUCUACCCCAGGGAAGUCCUCUCUAGGAAUGGCUCUCUUCCGCUUGGUUGAACUGUCAGGAGGCUGCAUUAAAAUUGAUGGAGUGAAAAUCAAUGACAUUGGCUUAGCAGAUCUCCGGAGCAAGUUGUCCAUAAUUCCUCAAGAGCCUGUGUUGUUCAGUGGUACCGUGAGGUUAGUUUCACCCAUAGCCAGAGGUAGAAAAGAGCUUGCAUCUUCCUCUCCCUCACUUGCCACCCUUCAAAUGAAAUUGCCUUAGCCACAAUAGAAGGAGUUCCAUUGCCUUGGGACAUGGAGUAGUGAUUCACUGCUGCUGUCUACUUCCACUGUCCCCAUUUUGUUCCUUUUGUACGGCAAAAGGUAAUUGAAUUAAGGGUCUUAGUGCUGCUUAAAUAUUGACUCGAUUUUCCUCAAUGUGUUGCCCUCUAGUUGUUGUUGGACUCCAAAAUCCCACCAGCCCCAUGCAGCAUAGCUCAUGGUCAGGGAUGAUGGGAGCUGUAGUCUGGCAGCAGCCAGAGGACACCAGGUUGGGAAAAGUUGGUUUAAGUAUUCUGUGAUAAAUGGUUGCCAUUGCGACUAACCCCCAGGUCAAGGGCUUCUCCCCCAUCCCACCCUCAGGUAUCACUGAUUUGGGGAGUGGGAGCUGAUUAUAAUAAUACUGUAGACCCAGCAGUGGGUUGGGCAGAGCCCAGGACUCUUAUGAGGGAUACAGAUUUCCCUCUCUCCUGUCACCCAGUUGAUAAGCCCCACUCCACAGUUAAUCUGUGAUUUCAACUGAGGAGGGAGGGUUGUGUGGCUCUCUCUGUGUGUAACUGUCUAUGGUGGCCACACCCACAGUUGUCCUCUGUGGCGCAAUGGGUCAGUGUGUCAGGCUGUUAACCAGAAGGUUGGUGGUUUCAGCCCACCCAUUGCAGGGAUUGGACUUGAUUGACCCCCCAGGGUCCCUUCCAACUCUAGUUCUAGAGCCCCUGGAGGGUUGGCCUUCAGGCCAAUACAGGUUCGCCACCUCUGCUCUAGACACUUGUUAUUGGGAGCGCGCCUUAGUUUUACCUAACCUGCGUGAACAAAGAUGGUUCAGUCUUAUGGACCUCUAAGCCUGUGGUGCUGGCUGCAGAAAGUCACAAAAACAUGUCCGCUUAGUAUGGCAUUAGAGCGUUGGGCAAAGUGGCUGGUUUGGAGGAAUUCAUCUUUGAUUUUGGCUUCCUUGAGGUUGUCUUUUGAAGAUGGCCUGAUUUCUAUGGUGCUUGUGUGUUGGUGGGUGCUUACAUGCCUUUCGAGGAGAGAAUUGGUGAUCCUAUCCUGUUACACUCUUUCCCUCCUCUAGAUAUAACUUGGAUCCUUUCACACAGUACAGUGAAGAGCAAAUCUGGGAUGCUUUGGAGAGGACUCACAUGAAGGACUGUGUAAGUAAGGGGAUUGGUGACAGGGUUGGGGGUUCUUUAGCAGCCCAAGUGCAGCCCCAUGGCCAUGUAAGAUGGUUGCCAGUGUCACCAUGGUCCCAUUUGCAUGAGAAAAAAGUUUUUCUAGCAAGCAAUCAUCAUCAUCAACAUCAUCAUAAAUUUCUUAUUUAUACCCCACCCAUCUGGGUACCCUUGGUCAUUCCUUUAGGCAUAGAGCAAUUGGAUAGGAUUGACUGAAACAAGUCCUUUAUCUUCUUUUGUAAAAGGGAAAAAAAUGCAGGGAAAGCUAAUAAGGUGCAAAUUAUCUGGCUUGAAGUUAAGCACAUUUGUUAACUGGUCACAUACCCUUGCUGGCUCUGUUUUUUAGAGUGAGGCCUGGCUCAUAUAAACAACUGGAAAAUUAGGAGAAGGAUAAAGGAGACUUGCACUGAUGUGCAGUGAUGCACAUAAUGGGGGUCAGCAUAACCCAUCUGGAUAACAGCUUCUAAGGCACACAUAUGCAUACAAUUUGUACAUGGUUUCCAAGAUCACUGCCGACCUGCACGCUUACAGGGUCAGAGAUCAUUACUCACUUUUGAGUAAAAGUGAUUCAGAUGCUUUAAAUUAAUAAAGGACCUUGCCAGAUGAAUUCUUGUACACACUGUUGACUGAGGUAGGGCUCUUCCUUGGUGAUGCUGUGUGAAUCUGGUGUGGUCCAUGCUGGAGGUUUCUAAAAAUCAGAGGAGAAUGCUUACUUUUAAUCUUGGAUCUGUGUGUCGUGCUCCUUUCAUGAGAGGUGCUUGGACUCUUGUGACACACUUCGUUUUUCUCAUAACCGGUUGUGGUGCCCCUGGAAAAUACUGUUGUGCUGCAACAGUGCCAGACCACAGCAUUGAUCCAUCUCUAUUCCCUUGUUCUGGUUCAGAUUUCUCAGAUGCCCAUGAAACUUGAAUCCGAAGUGAUGGAAAAUGGCGAGAACUUCUCUGUCGGGGAGAGGCAGUUGCUUUGUAUUGCCAGGGCAUUACUGCGCCGUUGUAAGGUGAGCUGGUGUGUAGAAGACAAAGGCCAUAUGUAUUUGGCAUAUUAUCUUCUUCCCUAAGAAAAGCUUGUUCCAAUGCCAGGAUUAAAGCAAUAGUCAACUGGCUACCACAUCUUUUACUGUAGAUAAUUUUCCAGAAUGCUGUCUUUGUUCAGAGUACACAUGUCGGCUUCAUCCUCUGAUCCCAGAAGUGAAACCUGUUUAGCUUUCUGCAUUUUGCUCUCUGCCGCCUUGUAUCCUUUGCCUCCUUGUAUCCUCUACCUCCUUGCUUGGUCUGUCCUCAUCUGCACAGGCAGAAGAGUGCAUACAGUUUCAGCUCCUUUACUGUUACGCUACUAGGGAAUUUUUUUUACUGUGAUGCACAUUGCAUGCACAUGUUGGAUUUAAAAAGAAGAAAACAAUAAAAGCCAGCAUAUGUUUGAAGUUUUUGGCAGUCCCAUUUUUUUUAACCAUUAUCCACCAUUUGUUCUGAUAGUAUCAAUCUGCUAUUGGGAUCCAGCAGACUCCUAGCUGGACACAAAAUGUAUUGCGGUACACUGGGCCCCACAAUAGCAACUUAAUUUUUUGCAGUGAAGAAGCACGUACAGAGAGAAAAUCCUGUAAUUUAUUUUUUGUUUCUUUGGGGGCAAACAAGCCUGUGCCUUGUGCCUAGGGAAAAGAUUCAACCCACCAAUUAGGCAGUCCUCUUUGGGCUAUUAGGAGGACCUGGACGAAAAGAAGCAGAAGAGGGAGCAAACAGAAACUUUAAAUGCAUAGGUGAAAUAGUCAUAGUAAAUAAUAGAAGGGGUCCAAUGUAUCCCAACAGCGUAAUAUGCUUCCCCCUCCUAAUCCCCCCAACUAAGGUGGUGUUUCAAGUUUGCGCUAUUUUUUGUGUUGAGAGAGCCAGCGCAAAGCAGAAUUCAGCCUCCUAGGGUUAAGACCCUGUUGGGUGACCAAGAUGGUGCCUUCUUUAUGCUGUUGGACUUCCAACUCCCCGUCAGCCAACAUGUUCAAUGUUCAGAGAUGAUGAGAGUUGCAGUUCAGGAACACCUGGUGAACUCGGUGGAUCCUUUGAGUCCUUUCAUAGUGGGCUGUUCCCUGGGGCAGAGCAGGAGGACUCCAGACAACUAAGGUCUAUGGAUUCCCACCAUGAGAGGCAGCUCCCUGUGACUACUCUCUCUGUUUAGUCUCCCUCCCUCACCUAGGAAAAGUACUUUAUUUAUUCUCUUGGCUUAUUUGUCUAUUUGUACUUAAUUUCCUACUUGCACUUUGGUUUUCUUGGCAGCUUCUGUUAGGGCUUUGUUUUGUUACCUUUUUGGUCCUUCUUGGGAGCACUGUGAGAGGUGUAUGUCUCUAUUUUUAACAACGUUCAUGUUACGCUUUCUAUUCAGAUCUUGAUCCUGGAUGAAGCAACAGCUGCCAUGGACACAGAGACUGAUUUGCUGAUCCAGGAGACUAUCAGGGAGGCAUUUGCAGACUGCACAAUGCUGACAAUUGCUCACCGCCUGCAUACGGUUCUGGGCUCUGAUCGGAUCAUGGUUCUGAUGCAAGGGCAGGUGAGCAAGAAAUGAACCUUUCCCCCCCCCCUCCGCAGAAGAUCACACAGAACUAGUGUUCUCAAGCUGUUGCAACGAGCCCCUCUUCAACCCGGGACAGAAUUGUGCAAUGCUUACAUAAUUAGGAGAGAUCUCAGGUCUGGUUUAAAUGUUAAAACUUCUGAGCUAUUCAGCAGUGAAACACACUGCCUUAAAGAGGUGGCUUGAUAUCCUUAAUUGGAGACUUUUAAGGAAAAUCUGAACAGGUUCUUUGUUGGGGUGGUUUAAAACUAGUUUUUGAAAGCUUCAGAGUGGGGCUGAUGGGUGCUAUAGUCAAAACAUAUGGAGGGCACUAGGUUGAGGAAGGCUGGACUAGAUUAUCGUUUUCAGCUACCUGCUUUAAUGUUGUUGUUACACUCAAAUGUUACUCCUUUUGGUAAAUGAAAGGUUUAAUGGUAUACAUUCCAUGUAUCUCUAAUGGUCUCCCCCUUAAUUUUUGUUUUAGGUGAUGGAAUUUGAUACUCCAUCGGUUCUCCUGUCCAAUGAGAACUCUCGCUUCUAUGCCAUGUUUGCUGCUGCAGAAAAUAAGAUUGCUGUCAAGGGCUAA